AUCUAACAGAGCCAGUAAGGAAGGGAGGUCAGGUCUCUGUAUCUCCGUUUAAACCAGGAAGAAGCGCGUAAGUAACUUUUUGUGAAAAAGUUUCUGUGUGAAAAGUGUAGACACUGGCAUUUACUGUUUUUUUUUUUUUUAAUUGUCACACUUGCUGUGUAUCACAUUUUCCACAUUUGAAUGUAUAUUUGAUUUAUUUGAUAUAUUUGAAUAAAGUGUAUCGAUACUGGUUAAGUGAGAAUAUUUUCUAAAUGUAUUUAAAAUGUUGCUAAAGGAACACUAUAGUGUUAGGAAUACAAACUUGCAUCCUAACACUAUAUAGUGCUAUAAUAACUAUUUAGAUGAUCACCCCUCCAUAUGCAUUAACUCAUUCAGGACAGGGGCAAUUGUACACGUUCUGAUCUAAAACAAAUUAAACAAAUUCUGGUGUUUGUGUUUAUAUAUAUAUAUAUAUAUAUAUAUAUAUAUAUAUAUGUCUGUUCAACUGUGAUUCACCUCUUUCAUAUUAAGUGCACUUAUUAUAUAAAAUUCGGUUCAGGAGAAACCAGGCUUUAAUUUCACAUUAAAUAUCUAUAUAUGAAACAUAAUUUAAUAUCAGUAAACUUGCAUACCGUUUGCUAAAGUAGACAACCCAAGGUAUUCAAAGUGGGGUGUGUCUAGUCUAACCCUGGUCAAAGUUAGUGUUCAUAUAUAUUUUUUUUCACACUAAAAUGGCAUUUUUACCAAUGAUAUCAUCAUUAUAUGUUUUACUUUUUAAAACACUCAUAUUUGUAUUCAGCAAAGUAUACAACAAUACCCCCCACCAUGUACAGUUUUUAUUGUGUUUUGGAACAUUACAGGGUCAAAUUUUGUGCUGGCCCAUAUUAGUUUGCCAGUUUGGUUUGCUGGACCUAUGGCAUACCAUUUCAAAUAUACCCCGGGUAUUCAAAAUUAGUUAUGUCCAGUCUUUUGUAGUAGCUAAUUAGUCACAAACCCUGGCCAAAGUUAGUAUUUAUAUUUCUUUUUUUGCACUUGUUACACAAAAACUGCACUUUCAAAGAUGAUAUCAUCAUCAUGAUACAUUUUACCAUUUUACACUCAUCUGUUUUAACAUUAAUUUUUGUUUAAACAAAUGCCAAAAACAAAUCUGAACAUUUACAAAAUUUCCCAAAUAGGACAUGGGUGCAUGAUAAUCAGCUGAGAAAAUUCCAAGUUAGAAAACCGGAAUGCGCUCCCUCCAAAUAAGCUCUUUUAGACCCCAGAGAACCCGACACACCUAUACAUGGGUGGUAUCACUGUACUCAGGAGAUGUUGCUGAACACAUAUUGGGGUGUUAUUUGGCAGUAACCCUUAAAGUUUCUGUCUGGAGUCAGACAGGUCCCUCAAAAUAUAAUGACUAUAAUCACGUCAUUAUGUAAAAAAAAAUAAAAAAUUAUAUAUAUAUAUAUAUAUAUAUAUAUAUUGUGACCCUUGUGUGCAGGUAGCACAGUCCUCUAGGGUAAACAACAGGCACAGUCCUUUUAUUUGCAUAUAACCCAGGCACUUUAUUUGUAAGUCCACACAGGAGACAGCAGCAAAUGAAAACAUAAAUAUAACACAAAUCCCUAUAAACAAAAACCUAGCUCGUCUGAGCACUUACUAACUUCAGGUUCCCUAUCUCUCAGAGGUUAAACUAGACCAAAACAAUAUUAGUUUCACCAACCUAGUGUCUUUGUCAGCUCUCUGCACUCUAGUGCCUAGUCAGCCUGUUGCUUUCCUUUCUGCACUCCCAGUGCUCCAAGCCAGCCUUAACUGCUUUCCUUUCUGCACUCCCAGUGCUCCAAGCCAGCCUUGACUGCUUUCCUUUUGCACUCCCAGUGCUCAGUCUCAUUGACUCUCUCACUGGAGAGAACAGCCUCUCUCCUACCUGCUUCCAGGGGGGAAGCCAGCAAUCCCCCUUUACCUGCCCAGCAGGGAGGGGUUUAUUCCCACUGCUACAGCUGAUUAUCUGCAGCUGAUCAGUGGGUUGGAGACAGUUCCAAAAAACUCUGGCCUGGAACUUAUUUCUCCCAGUUGUGUAUAAACUGAGGAGUGGAGCAUUGGCCCACCCUGUUCUCCAAAUGUUUCACCCCAGGGGCCCAUAACUAAGUGGUGGAUUGUGUUGCCUACAACACAUACUACACAUACUCCCCCUGGGGUUAAAUGUUAUAGGCCUAUCUGCCUUCACUUUAUCACUAUAUAUAUACAUAGAACUUACGUGUGUGUGUGUGUGUGAAUAUAUAUAUAUUUAUUUGUGCUCGGGACAAUAAAACCGUAUUUGUAUUGAUCCCUUAUCAUACCUGUAGAGGUAUACAAUAUUCGGUUGAGGUGUGCUGAAACCGACGUAUCGGUAGACCCAUACUGGUUUUAGUAUGUUGUGGCGAGAGUAAAUGGUGGUCUUCAUGUUUGAUGAUGUGAGAAAUUUUGAUGCAUGACCUUAAUUCAGUAGUAUUGAUGGCAGUGAACUCCCUGGGCCUCAGGAAUCCGUAAAUAGCUAAGUAUAUAGCGGCUUUUAAGGUUUGAUUAGUCUUGGGUUCAAAUGGUGAUUUAUCCAAAAGGUCUGAUAGCAACCCGAACAAGUUCCCAUUAAUAGGUAAUCUCUGCAGUGUUUGUGAUGUACUGCACCUCUGGAUUCCCUUUAAUAAGGUCUUAAUCUGCUAAGAUGAUAAGGUUUGUUUGGGAGUAGUGUAAGCAUGUUGUAUUAUAAACCCUGUGAGAUACAGUUUGAUUGUGUUGUAGGAUAGAUGUAAAUUGAGGUGGCAAAAGGAAGUGAAAGCCACUAAAGAUUCCAUUGUGAACAUAUCUACCACCUGGAAUUCCUUAGUAAAUUUCAUGAAAAUAUUUAAAGCUCUUUUGUAUGAUCGUCUGGUGUUUUCAGAUAAAGCGCAUUGCGAUAGCAUUCUACCGUGAGCUAGGAGUUGGCUUAAUCCAAGAUGAGGUCUUGAAACUGAGGGGCUGGAGUUCCUAUUGUUGAGGGAUUGGGGUGUAGUUGGAGGAAUUCCUGAAAAAAGAAGCGGUAUAAAUGGUCAGCUGCCGUGUUGUGAACAGCAGGAACGUGUAUACAACAUAUAAAGAAUUGAUGGGUCGCAGCCAGCCAAGCUAAGUGUCUAACGAAACUCAGAUAACUAGAGAAGGCUAACGGCCUUUGUUAAUGAUAUGAGAUGUUGCCUGAUUGUCAGAAAAACAAUGUACCAUGUGUCCUGAACAGGAGUGCCCCCAGGUUGCUGCCACGGCCACAAUAGGAUACAUUUCCAACAAUGCUGUAGUCUGAUUAAAGGCCUCCAAUGUUUUGGUUUUGGGCGGCCGACUGCCCCACAGCCACUGGUCACCACAAAUGGCUGCAAAACCAGUGGAAGCCGCUGCAUCCAACCACAGCAUUGGAGAAUUGUUGGAAAGUGGAGGUAUGAACAUGGAUUUCCCAUUACAUUGACAUAAGAAUUUCUGCCACAUAUGCAAAUAUGCUGUGGCCUGGUAAUUAAGAGAAACCUCACUGUCCUCGGAGGGCAGACUAUGUAAUAAAGCCUAGAAACGAAUGACCUGACAUAUUGCACUAUCAGGUCGCUCUGUCUUUUCUUUUUUCCACAUACAGAGACUGAGAAGACCCAGACCCUUAACAUCCCUCAAGUACAAAGAACGAAGAUACCAAAGCUGGAGUUACCUAUUUAUCAAUUUAUUUAUUUUACCUUGAGACUAUUCUAAUUCUGUAUAUCAUAUUUUAUUGGGAAUAUAUUUUAAUAUAUUUUAGUACCUUUUUUGUGGUGCAGCCCUUCCCCAUUUGUUUUCUUUUCUGUUAUUUUGAAGGGUUCAGAGGGAUCCCCUUCUUAGGGUUGCUGCCUUAUUUUACCUUUUUUAUUUAGCACUGACCCUUUCAGUUUUUUAUGUUGAUGUUUCCGCUAGACCCCUCCCCUGCUUCAGAGUUGUCGGUGUGUGUCUGCAUUAAUCUGAACAACUCUGCUUUCCUGGCAGUAGCCGGGAAUGGAAUGCUUCUUCUCCUGAGUUCGGCUUGUAUGUGUGGUAUAGUCCAGGACCUGAUAGAUGAACGACUGCCCGAAUCUUGUCUCCUAGAUGGUGAACCCGACCUAGCUGGGGUGCUAGGGAGUAAAGGUCAUCUCCCCCUUCCGGAGCUUGUGACAUACUAAAAUGAGAAUUGAAAUUAGGAUCUUAUCUCCAGGGUACUGGCUGCUAAAUAGUGCCAAGUGGUGAAGACGUUCACUAAGUGGUGACAGGUGAGGCCCUACUAAUGCCAAGCGGCUUGAGAGGCUCUAUCUAUGAAUUGGACCAAGGUGCUAUUUUCCACGGAAAGUAGUGGUGGGAUGUUGGCCUCUAUGUCAUAUUAAGAGAAAAAUAGAAUUGGGUGUGACAAGUGAGGCCCUCUCUAUGUAACUUGCGAGGCGGCUAGCUAUGUGUUGGACCGAGGGCCGUAUACCUCUGAGUAUGAGGAUGGUUGUUUUCCUCGCAGGACCCCUAGUAUGAGGCAUAGAAGGCCUUAGAAAGCUAAAUAUGGAACCUAUUUCCCUGACAGCCAGUAAUUCCUUUAGUCUAAGGGACUGAUAUAAACAGGGAAGUUCAAAUAUAAGCCACUGGGGAACGUACCUGUGUGACUGAAUUUGAAUUCGCAAGCCAAGGGAUUGAAGGUUCAUUGGUUACUGGUGCACCUACGGGUACGUGGAAGGGAGAAUCAUGUCUGAGACAAAAUGAACCGUAACACAACAGUAUCUCAAAUGAGUAACGGGCAUACCUGGUAAUUAGUAUCAGUAUAAGCGUAUUUGAUACGUAAGCAAGACAAGUCAUAUGCCUUUCAAUAGGAACUAGUUAGGCUCAGACUAACCCACAACCUAAUUGUUUAAAGACCGUAAUGUUAUUUGCGAGUUGUCACCAUAAUUCUACCAGUGUAGCCACCGUGAAGCUUAAACUUAUACUUUAACAAUAUACAAGUAGAUGUAGCCCACCAUCUGUGCUAGGGGAAUAUGUGUAUAUUCAAGUGAUAUACGUUAUAUUGACGUGACCAAGCAACCGGGAAGUAUGUUUACCAGGAGGGAGGGGGAAAAAGGAGUAUGUAACCAACACCAACAUAUCGAGAGUCAGACUUACAUCUUAAAACAAACUCCUCCUAACUAUAUAUACCAGCGGCUGUUUAACCCCUUAAGGAUCAAACUAAUGGAAUAAAAGGGAAUCCUGAUAUGUCACACAUGUCAUGUGCCCUUAAGGGGUUAAAAGUGUUGUCAAGUGAGCCAGUGCAGGCUUGUGAUAAGAAACAUGUUGCUGCUUAUCCACGUACCAAUUAAUAAGCAGAAAAGACACGUGGACUUCUGAUUUGGCUAAUGUUUCACAAACUGCAAACCUACAGAGCCUGAAGCAACAGAAAAACGGUAAAUACAGGAUUAACAGGAAUAUGACUAAAGUUGUAGGAGCUAUAGUGCUUAUAACAUCCCUCUAAAUCAACCAUUCUGACUGAAGAAUCAACCUCAGUCAGAAAACUGCACAAAUAAAACACAGUAAUUAAUACCAAUCAGUAUUGUACAAGGUCACAAGGGAAAUUAGGGAAAUAGCAGUGCUCAAAUCGAAAGUGUCGAACGCAGUACAAAUAGGAAGAUGCCUAUGCAAUGUACUGUUUGGUGACGGGUUUAAUGUACCGAACAGUUGUUUGUCUAAAUGAAAGCCGGUAUGCGGCAAGUAUCAAAGGGAAUUCCUUUACCCGCCGUAACCCUGCGUGUUCGUGGGGGGUCUGAAUGGAGUGUUAACUCUUUGCCGGGGAUCCCAGAGAGUCAGAGGGUUCCCCAGCUAACGGUAAAGACGGCGUGCUUGAGGCACCCGUCUGUCAACUCAGUAUUCCGCAGGAAGACAGCUUCGUGAGGCAGCCAGGCGCCCAACAGCGGCAGGACGUCGUGUGACGAUCUCCUCACCCUGGUUUAACCAGGAGGUGACGACAUGAAAUGGACCGAUGUCAAGCAAGGAGGAGUCUAGUGCUAAUGGGGAGUUUUUAUAUCAGCCCUUCCCACAACUCCAGGCCCUGCCUUUUACAUAUAUAUAUAGAACAUUGUAUUAUUUAAAAAAAAAUUGUAUUCUUUAUUUUCAUCUUGACUGCAAAUAAGCAAUACAACAGAGUCAUAAAAGUAUACACAGGUUACAUUUUUCACAUAGCAUAAGAUUUUCCUUUAACCCCUUAACGCCGUCACAGCGUUCUAUGCUGCCCUGCAUUAAGUGGGCUUUAAAGCCAUUGCGACUUGCCGCCCUUGAGCCUCGGGAAUACUUGCAUGACAGCCCAGACAGCCCUCCCACUGCAAAUCAGGCACCCAGGGGCCAUGUGAUCGCUCUCAAAGAGCAAUCACAUGGCCCCUAUUGCUGCCUGUGGAUCUGCCAGCAGGGGACUGUCUGGGCUGUCAGACAGUCCCACUGCUGGUGGGAAAAGCUAAAGAAAAAUAAUGAAACAUAUAAAAAUAAAUUAAAUGUAUUUAUAUGUGUAUAUAUAUAUAUAUAUAUAUAUAUAUAUAUACAUUGCUCAAAAAAAAUAAAGGGAAUACUUAAACAACACAAUGUAACUCCAAGUCAAUCACACUUCUGUGAAAUCAAACUGUCCACUUAGGAAGCAACACUGAGUGACAAUCAAUUUCACAUGCUGUUGUGCAAAUGGGAUAGACAACAGAUGGAAAUUAUGGGCAAUUAGCAAGACACCCCCAAUAAUGGAGUGCUUCUGCAGAUGGUGACCACAGACCACUUCUCAGUUCCUAUGCUUCCUAGCUGAUGUUUUGGUCACUUUUGAAUGCUGGGGGUGCUUUCACUCCAGUGGUAGCAUGAGUCUACAACCCACACAAGUGGCUCAGGUAGUGCAGCUGAUCCAGGAUGGCACAUCAAUGUGAGCUGUGGCAAGAAGGUUUGCUGUGUCUAUCAGCAUAGUGUCGAGAGCAUGGAGGCGCUACCAGGAGACGUGGAGGAGGCAUGGUGUGGGGUGGCAUUUCUUUGGGGGCCGCACAGACCUCCAUGUGCUCGCCAGAGGUAGCCUGACUGCCAUUAGGUACCGAGAUGAGAUCCUCAGACCCCUUGUGAGACCAUAUGCUGGUGCGGUUGGCCCUGGUUUCCUCCUAAUGCAAGACAAUGCUAGACCUCCUGUGGCUGGAGUGUGUCAGCAGUUCCUGCAAGACGAAGACAAUGAUGCUAUGGACUGGCCUGCCCAUUCCCCAGACCUGAAUCCAAUUGAGCACAUCUGGGACAUCAUGUCUCGCUCCAUCCACCGAUGUAACGUUGCACCACAGACUGUCCAGGAGUUGACAGAUGCUUUAGUCCAGGUCUGGGAGGAGAUCCCUCAGGAGACCAUCCGCCACCUCAUCAGGAGCAUGCACAGGCGAAGAAAUGAUUUGUUACAGUAAGGGUUUGUUACAGUAAGAACAAUAAAGAUGCGAUAAACAGCCGUGCCCCCAUCCCGGUAUGAGUUCAUAUAACCUUCUAAUAAUCAUUGUUUUGUUGUUGGCAGAUGAAGAGGAAUGUAUGGAGAACCCAGAAGUUCAUGGAGUUAUAUAUUGUUGCCAAUCACAGCUUGGUGAGUGUGACAUAUUAUAUCAAUGUACAUUUCAUCACAUGUUACUAGUUCUCCAGACAGUCAAUUCAUUCUCACAGGAGAUCAGCACACUCUCUGCAUCUCUUAUAAAUGUAUCUCCCUCAAUCUCCCACACACUCUCCCUCCAUCUCCCACACUCUCCCCCUCCAUCUCCCACACACUCUCCCUCCAUCUCCAACACACUCUUCCUCCAUCUCCCACACUUCCCUCCAUCUCCCACACACUCUCCUCCAUCUCCACACUUCCUUCCUCCAUCUCCCACACCUCCCUUCCAUCUCCCACACUCUCCCUCCAUCUCCCACACUCUCACUCCAUCUCCCACACAUUCUCCUCCAUCUUCCACACUCUCCCUCCAUCUCCCACACUCUCCCCCUCCAUCUCCCACACACUCCCUCCAUCUCCCACACUCUCACUCUCUCCCUCCAUCUCCCACACACUCUCCCUCCAUCUUCCACACUCUCCCUCCAUCUCCCACACUCUCCCCCUCCAUCUCCCACACACUCCCCCUCCAUCUCCCACACACUCUCCCUCCAUCUCCCACACACUCUCCCAUUUAUCGCAUCUUUCUUGUUCUUACUGUAACAAACCCUUUUUCUUCUACUGUAAAUCAUGCACUGAGCCUCAUUUUGACUUGUUUUAAGGACAUUACAUCAAAGUUGGAUCAGCUCCCACACAUUCUCCCUCCAUCUCACACACUCUCCCUCCAAAAAUAAAGUAUAUACAAAUGUUUUAACCCUAACCAAGGGAACAAUGAUACAUAGUACUUAUCGUCAUUAGCUAAAUAUAAUAUAGCAAACAUAAAUAAAUAUUGUCAGUGCAAUUCUGAAGCAUGAUACGAUAUGGACUACUUUCAUCAUGGAGUUACGGCAAAUAACUGUACCAUAUUAAUGCAUUCUGUAAAACCUAGCUCAAUGAUAUAUUAUCUUCUAGGUAAAAAACAAUAUAAUGAGUUCUUCUCAUUUAAACCAGAUGGUGAUAUUGUUUCCAAUGUGUAUAUCCAGAAAGCUUCACGUUACUCCACCCCCUGCGCGUGCAUUCAAACCGCCCAUAGGAAAGCAUUACUCAAUGCUUUCCUAUGGACGUCCAUCGUGGAAGCGCCUCUAGCGGCUGUCAGUGAGACAGCCACUAGAGGCUGGAUUAACCCUCAGUGAAACAUAACAGUUUCUCUGAAACUGCUAUGUUUUCAGCGGCAGGGUUAAAACUAGGGCGACCUGGCACCCAGACCACUUCAUUGAGCUGAAGUGGUCUGGGUGCCUAUAGUGGUCCUUCAAAAAAUACACAACAAGUGGCCGGAAAUAAUGCUUACUAGAUGGUGAUAAGCUGAAACAAAGUGACAAAAGAAAAGCACUAGAAUUAUGUGUGGAUAGUAAUACUAAACUAAUCAUGAGGUGUUAUAAGGUAUGCAAUGCUGCCAGAUUGAGGUCAGUAGUAUGUAAAAUGGAUGCGAGAGGCCAAAUGAGGACCGAACAGGAAUGCAAUAGGAAACGAGUAGUGCAGCCAUAAAGUACUUGAUAGGGGAAGUAUAGCUGAACGUAGUACAGGAAGUAAUGAACAGUGUGGCUUAAAGAGGGCCAUCAGCAGAACUGUAAUAUACAAAUAAGGACCGAGAUAAAUAAAACAAAUUAUUAACAUUUUUCUAUUUUUUUUUUUUAUUAUUAUUACACACAUAUGUGACAGUCAACCUUUGUUAGGUUACGAUAACAUAAAUACAAGCUAAAUGGAGCUGCACGUCAUAAUCGUGACCUUAACAAACCAGACCAUGUGCUAAAACCAGUACCAACCCUUAAACUGGUGGAUAACAACAUUUGCCCAAAUGUAAACAUAAAAUCCUCAUUAGUCAAUGUAAUGACUUAAACCGGGCACCAGAGGGCCAACCAUAAUUAAAAUAAUAGAAAACAUCAAAUGCCAUGAUUUACACAAAUUCAAUAAUACACAUAGGGAUGAAUGAUGUACAUGAGAGAAUGACCGUGAAGGUUGCAACUAAGAUGGGACGUACAGUACUAGUGUUUGGCAGCAAAAAUGGGUCCGACUAAAGUAGGGAUGCAUAUAUACCCUGUAAGAAACGUACCGGGUGAGCCCUACGAUGGACCAGCCGAGAGGAGAGUGCUGAAGGCCGUGCGGCCAGUAACCGAACCUACUGAACAAUCCGCCACAAGGUGCCAAUGGACAGUCCGGAAAAGCAGGCAUCGGAACAGGACCAGGAAGGUAAGUAAGCAUGGUACCCAGAAACUGGAACUAAAAAUCCAGGACUGGUGAAUUGUUAGGCAAUGACCCCGAUGAGGGUGUUGCCCGGGUAUUUAUAGCUGGGUAAACCCUCCCACAACUACAGGCUAUUAAUAUAUAUAUAUAUAUAUAUAUAUAUAUAUAUCUGUAUAAGUGCAAACUUUGGAGGUGUUUCCUUUACAAAAGCUCUUCUCUGGUCUCCCUGCCAAACCUCUUUCCAUUCGUUGUGGAGUAGUUACCUACUUAGCAUACUCAUCUCAUCCUGCAUAUAUGAUCCAGUGGUAAUGAGGCUUUAAUUGAUUUUGACAAAAUGAUGGUGGGCUCCCUCUGCGUGAAAAAUGCAGCAACUCUGAAUAAUUUUAACCUUUUUUGAUCCUCAUCAGCAAUGCGUACAUCUCUAGGUAGUCUCUCUAGGUAGUGAGCGCAGGAUAAUAUAUUACAAAUAACAUGUUCUGAGUGUGGAUUUAGGUGUGCAGAUCUAAAGUAUUUAAAAUGUCUCUCACCUUUGCAGAUCCUGCACAUACAGUUUGAUUUGUAAUUGCUUCAAAUCAAACUUACCCGUUUAAAAUUACCCUCUCAAUAAGGGAAGAAGAUACGGGUCUUCAAAAUGGGGUCAAAAAAUGGUAAGUAGCAUUUGCACAACUUGAACAAUUCUUAUAUAUUUGACACAAUACAUUUAUACAAUGUACAUGCACAAAGUAUCUUUUAUUAAACUCAGGCUUGAACAUAAUUUAAAUGAACCAGUCAUCUCAUUUUUUUUCAAAAAGUGUUAUUUGCUUUAUGAUAACAUGGUAUUGUUUAUUAAAUUUUAAAUACAUUUAUAAGAUUGACAGGUUUCUCUGGCACUGAAAGGUUGAACCAGCUUUCGUCAAAAGGUCAAUACUGGGGUUUAAACAAUGUAAGGAAUCAGAGCCGAGGUUGGCAUAAUGGAUAUCAGAGUAGUCAGGAUAAGCCAAAAGUCAAAACCAGGAACCCAACCUCAGCAGAUCACACAUUCUCAGGCACAUAAACCACGGCAUGAUGAAGCAACAAGGAAGAAGGGGGCUUAUAUUGAUGCAAAGUGUUCUCUUUUAGCCGCUGUCAGCGGUAGAAUGUGCAUGGAAAUUGACACUGGAAUGGUGCCAUGUGCAUCAGAACCAUCAUCUAUAAAGGUAUCAGUGUGGUAGCAAGGGAAGACAUGGGAAUCAGUGUAUUUGCAUCCUUAUUGCAGCUGGAUCCAUGAAUGUUCCUCUGGUCUGUUCCCUUUGAAUGGACUAAAUGCUGUAGACUAUCUCUACAGAUACGUGAAUCAAUGAUUGCAUUUCAUGUUCCUCCUGCCCAUCCACCAAUACAGGAGAAGGAGCUACUGAAAGAAUAAUAAUCCUUUCACAGAUUAAAGGUUCCAGGAGAGAAGUGUGGAAGGUAUUAUGUAUCUUAAGAUUGGCAAGCCAUUUUAAUAGUUAUUUGCGUUAAAAGGCAUAUCCGCUUAAUUGGCUCAAUAUAGCGAGGAACAAAUUUCAUGGAGGAGACCGGGAGAUGGAUAUUUUUAAUAGAUAACUACCAUCUGUCUCCAGGUUGGUACAUUGUAGCCACAUGGUGAUGUUUAUCAGUUGCCUCCAAGUAGUCUGCAAGACUUUUAGAUGGCAGUCCAACGUUUAUAUUUCUUUAUCGGAAAAGGGUGCAGGAAAGACCUCGGGAUAUAAGUCAUACAAGACAACAAAGUGGUAUGCUAGAUGUCUCACAUGUCUCAUUAUUCUGAGAAUACCAGGGAAGCCAGUUGAACGAGUAUGGGAAACAAAACACCCCAAAUACUGCUGCAGGGACUGAUUGGCCCAGUUAUGUUAGUUUGUGGGUGAUAGAUGGAAGAGAAGGCUAAUUCAAUACCCAUCGCCAAUCAAAAAAAAUUAUAUAUUUAAAUUGUCUCUCUCUUUCAGACUCGAUCCGGGUAGGAAUGCCAUUUAACCUAAUCAUAGAUCUAUAAGAUUAGGCAGAAAGAGGCUAAGUAAGUUAUAAGAGCUUCCAAAUCACACACAGAAGAGAAAAUAGAACAGUCAGUAAAAAGAUGGGCCAAAACAUUUUUUAGAUACAUAAAUGAGAAAAGGAAAGUGAAACAAGGAUUAGUUAUAUUAAAAACAAAAGAAGGAAGGUAUGUAGAAGAAGAUAAAGGUCUAGUUGACUGCCUCAAUUAAUAUUUUUGUUCAGUAUUUACAGAUGAAAAUGAAGGAAAGGGACCUCAGUUAGGAAAAAGGACAAAUUAAUCAUUUUUUACAUGUGAGUUUACAUCGGAUGAGGUUCUAUUUCAACUGUCAAAAGUAAAGACAAAUAAGUCAGUGGGGCCUGAUGGAAUACUCCCAAAGUUAUUUAAAGAGCUUAGUGAUGUACUAGCAAAACCAUUAACGUAUUUAACUGGUCAUUGUGAACAGGAGUAGUCCCAGAAGAUUGGAAGUUAGCGAAUUAUGUGCCCAUUCACAAGAAAGGUAGUAGGGAGGAGUCAUGCAACUAUAGGCCAGUAAGCCUUACUUCAGUAGUGGGGAAAGUAAUGGAAACCACGUUAAAGGAUAGGAUUGUUGAACAUCUAAAAACACAUAGAUUUCAAGAUCAGAGACCACAUGGGUUUACUUCAGGGAGAUCAUGCCAAACUAAUCUAAUGGAUUUUUUUGAUUAAAUACCUAAAAUUAUAGAUCUGGGUGGUGCAGUAGACAUUGCUUACCUAGGUUUUAGUAAGGUUUUUGACACUGUUGCACAUAGAAGGCUUAUCAAUAAACUGCAAUCUUUAAGUUUGAAUGGGUAAGGCAGUGGCUGAGUGAAAGGCAACAGAGAGUCGUAGUCAAUGGAGUAUAUUCAAAGCAUGAUCUUGUAACCAGUGGGUUACCUUAGGGAUCUGUACUUGGACCCUUUUCUUUAAUAUUUUUAUUAGUGAUAUUGCAGUAGGUCUUGAUGGUAAGGUAUGUCUUUUUGCUGAUGAUACUAAGAUAUGUAACAAGGAUAAGCCAACUGGCAAAUGAUUUAGGUAAACUAGAAAAAUAGUUAGAGCUGUGGCAGCUGACAUUUAAUGUGGAUAACUGCAAGAUAAUUCAUAUUGGAUGUAAAUACCCAAGGGCAGAGUACAGAAUAUUUGAUACCUAUGACGGACCGCCUGGCACUCCAACUGAGUACCUAUGCCAAUCGAUGCUCCUAGUGCUUUCCGAGGGCUCCAAGAACUCCACCAGACACCGUAAGCACUGUAGACCCCAUGAACCGCCGCAGCUUGGUUGGGGUCUUGCCGUCCUCCACCCACCCUGGACCCAAAACCAAGAUCCAGCUCCCAUUGGGUAGACCUCUCCUCCUCCAGAGAGUGUAGCAGCCCCUGUCUCUGCAUUUUCCCUGUAUUUUAGUAGGGAGGAAUCCUCUCUAGUCGACUUCCCAAACUCCUCAGGGGUGUCCCAAGCUAUCACGGUCUGGGGGUUAGUCACAGUCGGGGGUGUCUUACCUGGGUCUCCCGAGCUGGUGAACUGGUCCUUUCGGUUCUUGCUUGUGCCCUGGUCAUCACAGGGUGAGCAGCUGCGGUAGAGGUGGGUACAUAGGCAGAAGUGAGGGGACCCAAAUCGUUGCCCAGAAGGACUUCUGCUGGCAAAUGAUCCAUUAUCCCGACUUUUACUACGCCGGAUCAGGCUUCCCAGUCUAGGUGAACGCGGGCAGUAGGCAGGCGAAAUACGGCUCCCCCAGCCACUUGAACAGCUACAGUUUGGCCCGUAUGCUUAUGGGCUGGAACCAAGUGCAUCUGUACCAGUGUAAUAGUAACCCCAGUGUCCCGUAAUCCUUGGGCAGCAUGCCCGUCGAUCUUGACCUCUUGUCGGUGCUGCUGUCUAUUAUCCCCGGAAUCGGCCUGGAUGGGAUUGACCUCGUACAAUACCCCCAUAUGUUUCUCAGGGUGAGUAUCAGUGUCCAAGCAGUGGACAGCCAGGGUAUGGAAUGCCGCAGGGGUUGGCACCAGUGGUGCGUUGUUCCAGGAAGAUCUGGGAGGACCAAAAGGGCAAUUGGCCACCAGGUGUCCUGGUUCGUGGCAUUGGUGACAUUUCACCUUGGAAUGCUCCGAACUGUUUCUGCAGGGACCAGCAUAACAAGUGGGGCCGGAUGGAACAGGGGCCCUAAACUCCGGUCAUGGAGAGGGUCUUGGCACAAGGGGGCCCCGGGAAUCCACUUGAGGGUUAGGUCGGCAUAACGCAGGAUCUAGUCGCCUUGCAUCCACAUACUCAUCAGCCAGACGGGCCGCUUCCAUGUAGGGACGUCAGUCUCGUACCCAUUACUUAAGUCCUGCUGUAAAAUAUUAAAGAAAUGCUCUAGGAGAAACAGCUGCAGCACCUCCUCUGCAGAUACGGCUUGGCAUCCUUCGAUCCAAUGGGUAGCGGUGCGGUGCAGCCUGUUAGCCCAUUCCAUGUGGGUAUCACAUCCUCGCUUCUUGGUGUCCCAGAAUUUCCGCCAGUAUGCCUCAGGGGUUAUGGCAUACCGUUUACGUAAGGUGUCUUUGACAAGGUGGUAUUGUUUUACCUCGUCCUCUGGGAUGGCCCAGAAGGCUUCCGCGGCUUUCCCGGAUAGGAUGGUGGCCCAUUCCUCUGUGGGUACCUGGUGAAGCGCACACUGCCUUUCAAAGUCCGCCAAAUAGCUGUCGAUCUCCCCCUCUGCUUCCAGGAACUGUUUAAAUGCAGCAAAUGGUACCUUUCGCACCUGCGAGACUCACAUAUGGAAGCCAUGCUUGCCUACCGGACCCCGCCAGAGGGUCUCCGCGGGGAUACCCCCCCUUUUCCCCACCCACCCCACCCAUCACCGACGGACACCGGACUGACUGAUAGGCGAAGUCACACUAGAACCUUCGCUCACCCUUGCACCGAACGCAUCGAAAACUGACAAAAACACUGAAAUACACGGAUAUAUGUAGAGCCCCAUAGACAGGCACAACGGGACCUGCAGGCCCCAGACAAUACAUGGCACACUGACCGCUUGAGACCCAAGGGUCUCCCACAACGGGCAAUUGGACGAAGUAGGGGCCAGAGAGCCCUCACAUAAGUCAUACUCUUAGUAGGACAUAUAAGCACUGUUAACAGCACUGUAUACGAUAUAAUUGUGCAAUAUAACUUUUACUCACAUAAUUGUAUCUUACGCUCUGUACUGCCUUAGACUUACAUAAUCUGGCACAGUAUUUGCAUAUCUAUUGUUCAUUGUUGUACACUUACCUUGCGAAAUUAUCCUCUGCGCAGGCAACUCCAUGCUUUUACAUCGCAAUGUUGUGUGUUUAACAUUAUUAUGCCAUCAAAAUAAAAACACUUCAAUUUGAAAAAAAAAAAAAAAAAUGGUACCUUUCGCUUCUCCGUGUUGGCAGGAGCAAGGGUGACUGUGUGUGGCUCUGCAGGGCACUAGGCAAUAAUCCUUUGUAGCUCGUAUUCCCUCUUUUCUCGAGCUUCCACUGCUACCUCGGCAAAAAUCUGAGCAAUCCGAUCCUCCGAGGGGUUUGGCCCAUACACUGCCAAGCGCUCCCUCACUAUACGGACCAUUUCGUCUCCAGACAUGGUAGGAGGUUCAGCCCUGGUUCCGAUCCAGCUGAUGUAACUCCGCAAUCAGCUCCCUUUUAGGUCGGUUGCUGGCAAUCCCUCCACGGCUUUCCAGUAGAUCCUUGUCGGUCGUCCUUUUUAGCUGCUCAUAUUGGCUUUCUAUCUGACCUGCACGCCUCCCGGGGUAGAAGGACUAUCCCACUGCUGCCAUCAAAUGUGACUGUUACCCCUAUAGAGUGAGGGUAUCUACCGUCUGGACAUCCUUCUUCCCAUAGAUGGAGAGCGCUGCAAGGUCCCAACCCGAUAUCCUGGAGAGCUAGUAUAGCUGAAGAGAGCUCUUACACGAACUAGCAGUGAUAUAGCAGUUAUAGCUGUUCCCUACAACACGAGACAAGGCUGCGAGUUGAGGGUAAGAAGGUCUGGUUUAUUGAGCAACUUGCAUUUCUUUUACACAGAUUUUCAGGCCAGAGGCUCACCCCCAGGGACACAAGGAACAUAAACUAAUGGGAACAAUAAUUAUUACUGUAACACUCCGACAUACAGUCAGCAAUACCUCCCCUCUGCCUGUGAUAUAAUUAAGAUAGCUAAUGGAAUGACUUAAAUUAGCCACAGGCAGAAAAUACCCAUUUUUACCCAAAGUACAGAAACACCCCAAAACUCAAACAUAGCCCCAUAAAUUAUACAUCCCUGGAUAGCUCUGAUCUGGGCGAACAACAUAUCCAAAAAUCACCCAGAUCAGAGCAGGGGUUCCCAAAUUCUGUGGAAGUCACAUUUGACUGACCAGAUCCGUUCGUGCAAUUUAUACAUUAUUUGAAUGAGAAGAUAGACUGGCCGACAGCCUAAUUCUCUGGAACUCUUUUGGGCAUGAAAUCAAACAUGCGGUCGGUGAGGGAGGCUGUUCUUGCAGCUUCUCAUUCCUCCCUUGUGCACCCUCUGUGAUGCCGGGAGCUGGAAUAUGACGUCAUUCCAGCCCCGGCACACUAAACAGCAUGCUGGAGGAUUGGGAAGCUGACCCAUACUGGACCCCAGGGAGGUAGGGAGGCUGAAUUUGCCUCAAAAAAAUAAAAUUGUCUGAGUCUGUGUGUGUUUGACUGUCAGUGAGUCUGACAAUUGUUGUGGAUCAGAAUGCUGAUCUUUGUUAUAUUCAGAGGAAGCCCAAAUUGUUGUUACAAGUGCACUUGGAGAAGCGAGAAUUAGACACCAGACACCUGUUGGUAUUCAAAAUAAGCCUCUGACGUUUUAUUCAUCAGCUGGGUUUUAUACAUUAAAAAGUAAGUGCUUACGUGCAAAUACUCUUAGAACAGUAAUAGGAAGAGAGUACAGAUAAGACAUAGGGAUGAGCGUCGUGUACACAUAACAAAUAAGUUUCAAGGUAAGAGAGAACAAAAUUAUUAGAGCAGAGACAUCUUAGGUGGAGGCUCUCUGCUCCCGGAACUUAGACAUAUUUGGUCUUAAGUGUUGUUUAAGCAUCAAGCAUUUCCUGAGUCCAAGUUAGCCAGUUUUAAUAUAGGAUAUCAUUAUAUGACACCUAUAAGCUUGAGCCUUGGAAUCAAGAUAAAUUCUAUCACAAUCCCCUCUUUUGAUCCAAGGGUCACCCAAAUGUCCAAGGUAUAUCCAGGACUGCUAGCCAAAGUCUGUGGGACUUUCAUUUAUUGCUUCACCACGGUUCCCUUGGACUGAGAGACCACCAGAAUCAGCAGAGGAGAGUUCCUUCAUUUGUUAGGCGAGGUAACAUCAUAAAACCUUUCCGAAGUCGGAGCGGGAAUGUAAGUUAAGGUACGACCAACAGUAGGUUUGCUUUUACAUAGAGAGGUUAGUAGACAUGAAAAAAAUCUAAAGGUUAGAAAAAUAGCCAUAAUGACAAAUACAGCUAAUAGCAAAAAGUACAACAUUUUCUUAAUUAGUAAAGUCAACCAUGUUCCUAGCCCAAAUGUCCAAUAAGGGUGUUUUUAACAUCUCUCCUGUCUCUCAGCAGUUUGUGUAGCUGGGUGGUUUUAGUGAUCAAGUCAGAUUUGGAAAACAUGGUCAUGGUUAGGUGAGAGAUUGCACAGGGACCUCCUGUAAUGUUACCUGGGACAUAAGCAUAAGUAAUAUUUCCACAGGAGAAAGUCCAUCCUUUAGGAAGAUAGACAUUGUAGUGGUAACUCAUAACUUGGUGAGUUUUGGUACAAUUCAUAGUGGUGCUUAGGGCUCUACAAUUCCUGGUAUUUUUCCACCAUGUGGGGCAAAACAGGGAUUCAGUAUUAGGGUCUCUUGAACAAUUACAUGAAAAAGACCAACAGUUCAGCGCCUGUCACAUUAAUUGUCUUCAGAGCUAGAGGAGGCUUGCCUACGAGUGGGUUGAAGGCAUAAGAAUAUAGUUGUAGAGAUAUAUGGGGUCUAUGGGUAUGUAGGUACUUCCUUAACAGUGAGAUGGGGGUAGGGACAGCUAUAAGACAAGAUUCUAUGGCGUUUUCAGUACUGGGGAGAGGGAUGAGGCAAAAGGAGGUUAAAUUAAAAGCCUUUGCUAUCUGCAAUUAUAUAUGUCCCUGCUAUGCAUUAUUAUCUUCUGGUCUUAAGUCAGAGUAGCAUAUCUGAACAGAGCAUACAAUGGUAAAGGAUAAGAACAGCUUCAUGUCGGUGGAUCAGACGGAGUGACUUGUUUACAGUGACUGGCGUGUAUCCACGUGGCUUUUCCUUCUAGUUUCACUGAGGUAGCCGUAGUCAAGAGCACUUGGAAUAGACCGUCAAAGCGUGGUUCAAGUCCUUUCCUCACAUGCCUCUUUAUCAUCACCCAAUCACCAGUUUGCAGUUUGUGAGUUGCAGAAUCUGAGUCUGGAUCUGGAAUAGAAUCAAAGACUUGUUUAUGCACCCUGCCUAAUCUUUGGUGUAGGGCCUGUACAUAGGCAGUCAUACUACCAUGCUGCAUCUGGAGGGUUUGGGGAAAAUAGAGGCCUGUCUUUGGGGCACAUCCAAACAGGAUCUCAAAAGGGGAUAGGCCAUGUCUGGAAUUGGGGGUGAAUCUCAUAGAAAAGAGUGCUAGGGGAAGGCAUUCAGUCCAGGGCUUCUCUGUGUCUUGCAUGGCUUUUGCAAUCUUGUUCUUUAAGGUGCCAUUUGCCCUUUCUACUUUCCCACUACUCUGGGGUUGAUAGGGAGUGUGGAAGGCCUUACUGAUCCCUAAGGCUUUCAUAAUUUCUUGCAUUAUUUCCCCAGUGAAAUGGUUACAUCUGUCACUUUCAAUCACUUCAGGUACUCCAUAGCUACAUACCAGUUCCUUUAGAAGCUUACUUGCUGUGACCUUCGUUGUGGCUUUCGACACUGGGUAGGCCUCAGGCCAACCUGAAAAAAGAUCAAUGCACACCAACACAUAUUCCUACACUCCUACCUUAGGUAGUUGAAUAAAGUCUAUCUGCAGUCUUUGAAACGGGUAAAGUGGCCUUGGUGUGUGCUUACUUGGUGUUUUCACAGCUUGUCCUGGAUUGUUUCUAGCACAAAUCAUGCAAGCUUGGGUGUGUUUAGCUGCUACAACAGUAAAUCCGGGUGCUACCCAAUGGGUGUUUACUAUGCUGUUCAUGUGCAUCUUGGAUAGAUGUGUAGGUCCAUGGGCAAUCUGGGCCAUCAUGGGGUGCAACAUUCGUGGUAAACACAGUCUUUUACCUUUCCUCCACAUUCUGUCAUCAUCAGGUUCUGCAUCUUGUUUCCUCCAGAGGUCAGGUUCUUCCUUGCUUGCCUGUCUUUGUAAGCUCAACAGUAUAUUGUAGUCAACGGCAUCAUCUGUAAGAACAACUUGUAGGAAGCUAUUACCUGUAGAGGGAUGAACUUGGAUUUCUGCUUGCUUGGCAGCUUCGUCUGCUUUGUGGUUUCCUCUUGAGAUUCCAUCUGUGAUCUUCACGUGAGCUGCCACCUUGAUGAUGCCUACUUGAGUGGGUAGCAGGAUAGUGUCCAUAAAUGCACUCACGGCUUCGGAUUCUUGAUUGGAGUUCCUGCUGAGGUGAGAAAAUCACGAGCCCGCCAUAUAGGGCCAAAAUCAAGGGCUAUACCAAAAGCAUAGCAAGAGUCUGUAUAAAUAUUAGCAAUCUUACCAGAAGCCAUUUUACACGCUUCAGCGAGUGCCUUCAGCUCUGCCUCCUGUGCAGAGCAGUGAGGAGCAAGUGGUUCAGCUUUUAUUACCUCAUGUGCAGAGACUACAGCAUAUCCAGUGUGGAAAUUACCGUUCUCAUCAGCAUAUCUGGAACCAUCUACAAAAAACUCAAAAUCUGCAUUAGAUAAUGGAGAAUCAAUUACAUGCAAAAAACCUGCUGUCUCUUGUGCCAUUAGUGCUGCACAAUCAUGGGGUACCUGGGCAUCAGCUAACUCAUCUGGUGAAAGUGAAUUUACAAAAAGAUCAGAAGUACAAGUACCAUUCACACUAUCCCCACUCCCCUCUUUUAAAUCCAGGGGAAGCAAUGUAGAUGGAUUUAACACCAUACACCUUUUAAGAGUAACAUUAGGUGGCAUAAGCAAGGCACAUUGCAUUCUGAGAUGCCUUGCAGUAUGUAUGUGUUUUGGUUGAACUUGUGAGAGUAUGCUGUUGAUAUCAUGCAGUGUGUAUAUGGUCACCAGAUUAUCUAAAACAAUAUCAGUGGCUUUGUCCAGGAGGGCAGUAACAGCCGCCACUGCCCUAACACAUGAGGGGGCACCCCUUGCAACAGGGUCCAAUCUGGUGGAGUAGUAUGCUAUUGGUCUUUGUUUACCACCAUGGUCCUGUGUAAGGACAGAUGUAGCAUAACCUGAUUGCUCAGUACAGAACAGGUUAAAAUUCUUUCUGUAAUCUGGGAGACCCAGUGCCAUUACCAGUAACUUAAGGGUAUAGAAGGCAUUUUCUGCCGCAUGGGUUAAUUUAAAUGGUUUGUUUUCGUUGGCAAGACAAUCAUACAGUGGUUGCAUGUAGAUAGCUACGGAACGCAGCCAAGGACGGCUGUAAGAAAUCAAACCGAGAAAUGUACGAACCUGGGCUAGACUGCGGGGGGUGGGGUGGUCUAAUAUUUUGAACUGCAGUCUUUCUACUUUCCGUGAGAUGUUUUAUGCCCUGGGAAAUGCAAUGUCCUAGGAAAAUAACUUUCUCUACACAUGCUUGCAGUUUCGUUUUUGUCGCUUUACAGCCUGCUUUUUCCAGGAAUUUCAGCAAGGAAAGAGUGUUUACAAUACAAGAUUCCAUAUUAUCGCAACAUAGGAGUAGGUCAUCGAUAUACUGCAAUAAAAUUACAUUAUUUGGCCUUUUCCACUCUUCAAGAAUCUGGGCCAUAGCCAUGCUGUACAUAGUGGGUGAGUUUUGUGCGCCCUGUGGCAAUACUGUCCAAGUGUACUGCUUGUGUUUAUGUGUAAAUGCAAAUAAAAACUGACUGUCGGGAGCCAGGGGGACACUGAAAAAUGCAUUUGCCAAGUCAAUAACAGUAAAUACCUUAGAGGAAGGUGGUAUUUGUGCCAACAAGGUGUGUGGGUUGGGAACAUUAGGGGCAAUGAGUUCAGUUACAGCAUUAAUUGCCCUCAAAUCAUGUACCAUACGGUAGACCACAGGUUUCCCUUUCUCUUGCUUUUUCUUAAUUGGGUACAAUGAUGUGUUACAAGGGGAGGUGGUCUGGACAACUACCCCUGCCUGCAGAAACUCUUGCACAGAUUGCAAAAUAGCAUCUUCCUGUGCUGGGCUUAGGGGGUAUUGUUUUUGAUAGGGAGGUUUGGCUCCGGGCAGGAGAUUCACUUGGGCGCACAGAGAGUCUGCCUGUAUCUGUCUUCCCUGUAGCCCCUAAGGAAUCAGGGACUGAGGACAAGUCAAUGGUAGGUUCUGGCACAUAGCUGGGCAUAGUGAGAGUUGCCAGAACAUUUCUGUUUGUCCUCUAAAGGCACAUACAAUGUUACUUUUCCAGUGGGGCUAUACUGGAUAUUUGCACUGCCUAGUAGAUUAGCAGGGGCAUGAGGGCUGACAAGUAGCCUUGUUACAAGGGCAGUAGAGUUGUGUAGCUUCAAUUUCAACUUGUGGGUAAGGGGAAUGUCAUUUUCGAUACCAUCUACCCCUACACAUGAUAAUACAUCAUUAGAUUUCUCAUACGGGAAUACAUAUUUUUCCUGUAACAUUGAUUUAGCAGCGCCAGUGUCCAACAGGAAAGGGACUAUUCGGUCCCCAGGCAGUGUAACAUUGAUAAUGGGUGAGGGUCCUGCAGAGUCAGGGAUAUUUAUGAUAUGUAGGGACACUGGUUUGCCAAUUUCCUAUUGGGGUGGGGGGGAGGUGGUGGUGGUUGGCUGUCAUGGGAGUUAUCAUUAGAAUCCUGGGGUUUUCUAUUUUUAGGAGGACACUUGCAGUUACGUUUAAUGUGUCCUUUCCUGCCACAAUUCCAGCAGUCUACCUGCCUUCUGUCCCCACCAGCUCUAGGGACAGUUACAGCCAUUAGAGGUGUGCUCCUCUUUCUAGUAUUUAGAUUAGCUUCCACUCCCCUAGCCACCUUCACCAGAUCACCAUAGGUUAAACUUCUCCACUCAGGUCUAGCAUUUUGGAGACCAGUCCUUAUGGGUAUGUGGAUACCAUCCAUGAAGCAGUUAAUAAGCAGUCUGGUGGAAGUGGUUACAACAUCAGUGUAACCCAAUGCCUCCCAAGCCAUUUGUAGUCUGGUGAAGAAUGUUUCUACAGAUUCAUCUUUCCCUUGUAGUAUAUCUCCUAAUUUAUGGGCUAGUUCCUCUGUCUUUACCUUAGCUCAUUCUCUUAUUGCAGUGACAUAGCAUGCUCCAGAUGCAGACUUGGUUCUAAACCAUUCAUCUGUUGGCAUGUUGCUUUUUCUGAGGUUAUCUUCAUGGGCAUCUGUAUAUUUAGCAAUUAUUCUAGCCCAAGUGGGGCCAGCUUUUAGUGCCACAAUCUGUUUUAAAUCCAUCCAAGUACACUGGUAAGUAGCAUGAAUUGUGGAUAGAGACUGGACUAGAGCUAAGGGGGCCUUUUCAACAUCUGCCAGCUGCUGUAUUAUUGCCAGUUGUUCACUGGGUGUCCAGGGCUUAUAUUCUUCCCAGUAUUGGAUACCUGAGCUCGGCUUUCUGUGCUCAUGGUAUACACUCUCAACUUUGGGUAUCAUGGGAGUAGAAAAUUGUGGAGCUAAUGACCUCACUGGGGUGUCUGUGGGGGCAACUAGGGGUUCCUUUAAGUCUGGACUACCUUCCUGCUCUAAUGAACCCAUAGGUCACCAUAUGAAGUCCCACUGCGUAAUAUUACUGAAAAGAGAGGUUUUGAUCCCCGUAAAAGGGAAAUCGCCUUGUCUUUUGGGACCAAAGGAGUCCCUGCAGUAUCCUGGUAAAGGGGUGGGUUUACAAGAUUUUUCCCAGGAUCUUGCCUACUCUGGGACCCUAGUGGUCCAAAACAUUGAUAAUAUGGUACACCUUUUCUGGUGGUUUCUCUACAACCACAUUUAGUUAAUUCAACAGCAGUAUCAUGCCAUUUUUGUGCGACUUCUACUAAGUCAUUAUCUUCUAACCAACCUCUGUAAUUUGCCAUAAAUUCUCUCCAUAUAUGUGGGUCUAGAGUGCCUUCUGAGGGCAUGCCAGCUUUCUUAAGUAACCUCUUAACAUUCUUAAUUGCUCCUUGUCCUUUGUGAUGCUUGACAAUAGUCAAAGCUGUAAAUCCCCCUUGGGUACUUUCAGAGCUACCCAUCUUAAAACUUGUAAGGGUUAAUUACUUCCUUACACAAGACAAACUGUACAAAAACAGUGUAUUUGACACUUAGGACUGCUGCAGUGGAAUUUUCCAGUUUUGUCUUCUAAACACAGAUCAGGAGAUCUGCCCUUGGAGGAUUCUAACUCAAAUUAUAAAACAAAUGACAAGGCAAACAAUAAAAAUAACUUACAACCCACAGUUAUAUUCCACUAUCUCAAGAUUCCUUUCACAAGACAUAACACAACCUCCACCUGAAUAUAACCAUAAAACCACAGAAAACAAGUUCUUUAGAUCAGACGUUUUUAAGUCGUUCUUUGCCCAGACAGACUAGUAGGACGUGGAUCUGAGAGCGAAAUUGAUAAAGGUAGAAAAAAUGUUUUCCUUACCUUGCUGUACAGCUGAUUUCACUGUCAGAGGGACGUCCACCUGUACGCUAGUGUCCGAGUCUCUCGACCGUCAGAUCCCGGGGUCACGGCACCAAAUUGUUGUGGAUCAGAAAUGUUGAUAUUGGUUAUAUUCAGAGGAAGCCCAAAUUGUUGUUACAAGUGCACUUGGAGAAGCGAGAAUUAGACACCAGACACCUGUUGGUAUUCAAACUAAGCCUCUGACGUUUUAUUCAUCAGCUGGGUUUUUACAUUAAAAAGUAAGUGCUUACGUGCAAAUACUCUUAGAACAGUAAUAGGAAGAGAAUACAGAUAAGACAUAGGGAUGAGCGUCGUGUACACAUAACAAUUAAGUUUCAAGGUAAGAGAGAACAAAAUGAUUAGAGCAGAGACAUCUUAGGUGGGGGCUCUCUGCUCCCGGAACUUAGACAUAUAUGGUCUUAAGUGUUGUUUAAGCAUCAAGCAUUUCCUGAGUCUAAGUUAGCCAAUUUUAAUAUAGGAUAUCAUUAUAUGACACCUAUAAGCUUGAGCCUUGGAAUCAGCUUAAUGAAGUGGUCUGGGUGCCUGGUCCCUCUAGGAUUAACCCUUUUUUUCUAUAAACAUAGCAGUUUCAGAGAAACUGCUAUGUUUAUAUUAGGGUUAAUCCAGCCUCUAGUGGCUGUCUCAUUGACAGCCGCUAGAGGCGCUUGUGUGCUUCUCACUGUGAAAAUCACAGUGAGCAGACACCAGCGUAAAUGCUUUUGUAAAUGCUUUCCUAUGAGACUGGCUGAAUGCGCGCGUGGCUGUUGCCGCGCAUGCUCAUUCAGCCAAAGAGGAGGAGAGGAGGCGGAGAGGAGGCGGAGAGGAGGAGGAGAGCUCCCCGUCCGGCGCUGGAGAAAGAGGUAAGUUUAACCCCUUCCUCUCCAUCCAGCCAGGCAGGAGGGGGACCUUGAGGGUGGGGGCAGUAUGUUUUCCUGGCACUAUAGUGGUCCUUUAAACAGUUUGUAUAUGAAUGCAUGUAUUAGGCAGUGUAUGUGUAUGGAUGCAGGUAUUAUGCAGUUUGUGUGCAUGGAUGCCUGUAUUAGACAGUAUGUGUGUAUGGAUGCAUGUAUUAGACAUUGUGUGUGUUUAUGGAUGCAUGUAUUAGACAUUGUGUGUGUUUAUGGAUGCAUGUAUUAGGCAGUAUGCGUGUUUAUGGAUGCAUGUAUUAGGCAGUAUGUGUGUUUAUGGAUGUAUGUAUUAGGUAGUAUGUGUGUAUGGAUGCAUUUAUUAGGCAGUAUGUGUAUGGAUGUAGGUAUUAGGCAGUAUGUCUUAAAGGUAGGCAGACAAUGUAAUAGAGCAGCAGGAAAUGCUAGCAGAAUGCUUGGUUGUAUAGGGAGAGGUAUUAGCAGUAGAAAGAGGGAAGUGCUCAUGCCAUUGUACAGAACACUGGUGAGACCUCUCUUGGAGUAUUGCACACAGUACUGGAGACCGUAUCUUCAGAAGGAUAUUGAUACCUUAGAGAGAGUUCAGAGAAGAGCUACUAAACUGGUUCAUGGAUUGCGGGAUAAAACUUACCAGGAAAGGUUAAAGGAUCUCAACAUGUAUAACUUGGAGGAAAGACGAGACAGGGGGGAUAUGAUAGAAACAUUUAAAUAUAUAAAGGGAAUCAACACAGUAAAGGAGGAGACUAUAUUUAAAAGAAGAAAAACUACCACAACAAGAGGACAUAGUCUUAAAUUAGAGGGACAAAGGUUUAAAAAUAAUAUCAGGAAGUAUUACUUUACUGAGAGGGUAGUGGAUGCAUGGAAUAGCCUUCCAGCUGAAGUGGUAGAGGUUAACACAGUAAAGGAGUUUAAGCAUGCGUGGGAUAGGCAUAAGGCUAUCCUAACUAUAAGAUAAGGCCAGGGACUAAUGAAAAUAUUUAGAAAAUUGGGCAGACUAGAUGGGCCGAAUGGUUCUUAUCUGCCGUCACAUUCAUGUUUCUAUGUUUCAAUGUCUUUAUAAAUUCCGUAUUAGGCACUGUGUGUGUAUUGAUGCAUUGAUGUGUUUAUGGAUGUAUGUAUUAGGUAGUAUGUGUGUAUGAAUGCAUGUAUUAGGCAGUAUGUGUGUAUGGAUGCAUGUAUUAGGCAGUAUGUAAAGAGAGAAAUCAGCGCUAGGCUGCCACACAAGGAAAUAAUAAUAGUAGUAAGGCUGCAAUCCUCAAAGGGGAGUCCCCUAUAAUCCCCUAAUGGUAAGAAAAAAUACAAAACAAAAUAAUGUUGCGCCUAAAAUAUACAAUAAAACCUAUAAAAAUUGUAUAUAAUAAAUAGUAUAAAAUAGUAAAAUUUUAUAUAAAAUAUUAAAUGAAUUGUAAAAUAAGUAGUUGGCAAUAGUCCAAAAGACUUAUCAUAAGUCCGGAAUGGUAGAUGCCACGUGUAAGAACAGGGAUUCUGAGACGUAGAGUAGAGUGUGUCUUCACAGUAGUGUGCUUGAAAUCCAGUAGAACAUAUGUGGAGAAAAGACAAAAGGGAACUCCAAUGGCACAGUAUAUGGAUGAAUAAAAUAGUAUGUAAAAUAAAAAUAAUCUUACUCACACUUUUCAGAGCUAAAACCUAGCUCUGAUAUAGCACACGUGAAGUGGAAUAAUCCCCACUCAAGGAUAUGCGGAGUAAUAUUUGAUUGACGAGUAUCUAGCUCAGAUUCGACGUCCAAGUUGGUAUUAUUCGACCCAGGAAAGAGAAAUAAAAUAUAUAGUGCUCUCUGUAUAAUAGUUAAAAGGUGUAAAAAAGUAUAUAAUAUGCUACUCACAGUAUAUAGAUCAGACUUGUACUGCUCGAUGUAAGCGCUUGGGUGGUGUAAUCCCCACCUAAGGAUUCUUUAAGCUUCUCGUCAGAUAGGCAGUAUAUGUAUAGUCAGGUGAAAAAAGAAUAAAGAAAAUGGCUAUAAAGUAUUUUAUGCCAAAAAUAAUUUUUUUAUUAUAAAGUAAUUAAAAUAAUAUCUAAAUGCGUUUUGCCUCAAGGGCUUCUUCAAGUAGAUAAUAGUAAAAAAGACCAUUACUAUUACUAUUAUCUACUUGAAGAAGCCCUUGAGGCGAAACGCGUUUAGAUAUUAUUUUUAUUACUUUAUAAUAAAGAAAUUAUUUUUGGCAUAAAAUACUUUAUAGCCAUUUUCUUUAUUCUUUUUUCACCUGACUAUACAUAUACUGCCUAUCUGACGAAUCUGAGCCAGAUACUCGUCAAUCAAAUAUUACUCCGCAUAUCCUUGAGUGGUGAUUAUUCCACUUCACGUGCGCUAUAUCAGAGCUAGGUUUUAGCUCUGAAAAGUGUGAGUAAGAUUAUUUUUAUUUUACAUACUAUUUUAUUCAUCUAUAUACUGUGCCAUUGGAGUUCCUUUUUGUCUUUUCUCCACAUAUGUUCUACUGGAUUUCAAGCACACUACUGUGAAGACACAUUCUACUCUACGUCUCAGAAUCCCUGUUCUUACACAUGGCAUCUACCAUUACGGACUUAUGAUAAGUGUUUUGGACUAUUGCCAACUACUUAUUUUACAAUUCAAUUAAUAUUUUAUAUUAAAUUUUAUACUAUUUAUUAUAUACAAUUUUUAUAUGUUUUAUUGUAUAUUUUAGGCGCAACCUUAUUUUGUUUUGUUUUGUAUUAGGCAGUAUGUGUAUGGAUGUAGGUAUUAGGCAGUAUGUGUGUAUAGAUGCUGUAUUAGGCACUAUGUGUGUAUUGAUGCAUGUAUUAGGCAGUAUGUGUGUAUGGAUGUAGGUAUUAGGCAGUAUGUGUGUAUAGAUGCUGUAUUAGGCACUGUGUGUGUAUUGAUGCAUGUAUUAGGCAGUAUGUGUGUACGGAUGUAUGCAUUAAGCAGUAUGUGUGUAUGGAUGUAGGUAUUAAGCAGUAUGUGUGUAUGGAUGCAUGUAUUAGGCGGUAUGUGUGUAUGAAUGUAGGUAUUUAGCAGUGUGUAUUUAUGGAUGCACACAUUAAGCAGUAUGUGUUUAUGGAUGUAUGCAUCAAGCAGUAUGUGUGUAUUAGGUAGACCUAACUGGAAUCCAUAUGGCAAAAUGUAGGCCAAAAUAGCUAAACUAGAAGAAUUCUCCAAUUCGUCUAUAGUCACAGUUCGGGUGUUUUUGCUUUGAAAUUUGGUUUUCAACUCUAGGCAGAAAUCCUUGCACCAGCCCUGCCUGGCUGUGACUCACACAGCCUGCAUGAAAAAAUAUGGUUUCAUUUUUAACCAGAUGUUAACUUUAUGCAGCCCUAAAUGGCAGAGAAUUGAGCAGUGAGACUGCAUGGGCAUGAUCUAUAUACCAAAACUGCUUCAUUAAACUAAAGUUAUUUUGGUGUCUAUAGUGUCCCCUUAAGUUGAUAUUUUAGUCAAUACAGCAGAGGAGGGUAAUUUAAGGCUAUGGAAUGAGUGUCCCAUUUUAGAAGAUCUGUCUACAAUAGGGAAGAUUACAGUGUGUACCACUGGAAGGAGGCAAGUGCACCACAAAGUCCAUUGCAAUUUGGGGCCAGGAUCUUUCAGAAAUAGGCAAGGCAUGUAACAAUCCCACUGGUAACUGUGUUGAGGAGUUAGUGGUUGCAGGCUUUGAUGUAGUCAUUAACAUCUUAAACCUGUCUGGAUACGCCUGGAUGACCAGAAAUUUCGCUAUGAAGAAACAAGGUAAAUAUUUGCCCUUGAUCCAAAGGGGAUACAUGCAAACUCAAUUUUCAGUGGGAGACAAAUUUUGAGAAGCUUCAAUCUUUUUAAACAACAAAGAGGAAAUUGAUAACACUGUAACGGUUCACCUUUUCUGCCCCACACAAUCUUUUGUAGAUAACUUAUUACAACAGAUUCGUACUAGUACAUUAUACUUCAAUGUUUUGUGUGUAAGAAAUUGUCAUAUUGUGUUAUGAAACAAGAAUAACCAACAGCAUUACAAUAUUUUCACAAAAGGGCAUUAAGAAACUAUACACAUAAAAGUUUAAAUAUACAUUUUUAAAUAAGCAUAAGUUACAAAAAUAUAAAGCUAACUAAUUAUAAAAGUAGGAGAUUGUCAAUUCCAAUCGUAGAUUCAGUGGUCACCCAUAGAGAUCAUUUAGAAAGGAGAUCCCUUAUAUUGACUAGUAAUUAAUAGAUGCCAAUACAUUUCACUGCAGAAGCUUAUUAUGCUAUUCAACUUAUGCUAAAUAAAAUAUUUAUAUUUAAAAUGUUACUUUCAUAUGCAAUUAUAAAUUCAAUAUCGUAAGCUAAAAAGUAAACAAAACAUGAUUCACAACAUAAGAAAAAAGUUUGGCUUCCUACAAGGCAACACUAUUUCUCCAACCUGACUGUUCUUCACUAAACUAAUUGCAAAUGUUGAUCAGGACAUCGGUACAAUUGUGUGAAAGUGUUGAGGUUACUAAGAAAUAGAAUAACAGAUAAUUGAUACAAUUCAUGCUCAAAUUAACACAGUUAUACUCAGAUUAAGCUGUUUUUACUAAAAUAACCCAGUUGAUAGUCGAAUGCCCAUGACAGCAUAGCACUGGGUAUAUGUUUAGUUGUCACAGUGGUAGUAGAUAGAAGUCUGGUAAGAAGCAAUUUAGGGGACAAUUACAUAACACAUAAGACCAGUCCCAUAAGAAUUAGGAGUAUUCCAGACAUUGUCUGCUAAGAUGACCCACCCACCAAUGUCUAUGAACCUCGUUGCAUGGGUUCUGGAUAACCAACAGGAGAAAGAAACAUUUUUUUUGGUUGGAGAAUCUUUUAAACAAAAAACUAUCAAUGAUGGAGCUGUAAAUUAACCAAUGUGUUUCUCUCUCUGUUUUAGGACAACCUGAUGAGACAGAUCAAUCUAUCAAAACAAGUCUACAACACUUCUUUGCAAGACACAAGGUUCCGAUGUGUAUUGCUAUCACUCAUACUAAUAUGUUUUUUGAAAAGUUGAAAGAAAAUGAUAUCCUGUCUGAAGAUGACUUAUUGGUACAUAUUUUUUAUUAACUAAUGUAAAAAUGUAUUUUCAUGUUAGAUGUCAGUUUAUUAAAGGGACACUGCAGUACCACAUACUAAAUAAUAAUUCAUAAUCACAUUUUAGUAAAUAUACCCCAAACCAAACCAAAUGUACCCCAAACCACUAAUUCCUCACUAAAGUGACAUUCUGUGUCUGUCCAAUCACAGAAUUUCCAAUGUAACUCAAUCAACUCAGUCUGCAAGGCAGGUGGUCUGAGCAAUUGCCUGCCUUUUGAGUUUAGCUUGACUGAUCUAACCAAACCAGGAAGUAACGGGGCCAGUUGUCUGAUUCACAGCCAGGGGGUGUAACAAGGAUAUUUUAUAAAAGUUAAAAUUUCUAUUGAGAUGUGCCCUUUUUGUAUAAUAGAAAGAGGGCACACUCUUCACAAACUGAAUCGCUCUAGGGAUCUGGGUGUCCCUUUAAGAUUUAAACUAUUUUUCUUUUUUGAAUUCUUGUAAAUUUACUCAAAAAAUCUACUUACUACCUACUAUAUUGCUGCCACUUCCAAACAAAGAAAAAAUGCUCCGUAACAAACCAUGUACACCACACUGCAAUGGCAUCAAGACAAAAUAUUAAAAUAUACAAAAAAAAUCAUUAAAAAAUGUACAUCAAUAUAACAACAAAUAUUUUUCAUAGUAUUAAAUCAUUUUAAAAUGGUAUCCAAAAAUAUUAAUUAGUUUCAAAAGCUUAUUUAACAAUAUUAAGUGUUCACAGAGGUUUUAAUGACUUACGAUUGCAACUUAUUUUAUGAGAUGCACAAUUUCUGGCAUUUAUUAAAUUGACUUCUAUAUGUGUUUGAGAAAAAAAAUGUUCUCUGUUGGUUAGAAGGAGAGACUUGUUGGCAGAUGACUGUUGUUCUUUUUUGAGUUUUGGAUGUCCAUCGGGGUUUGGCAACCAGCAAUAAAAGAGGAAAACACUGAUACAGUGAGGGGAUAUUGAACGUUUUCCCACUGACAAAGAAAUGAUCAGUCUACAAUCUUAAUGGUAGGUGUAUUUUAACAGUGAAGGACAGAUUAACAAAAAAAAUUCAGAAAAAUGCAUGUCAAAAUUUCUGGCCCCCAUGUGUCUUUUAUAUAGGUAACGAACUGAGAUUAGGAGCACUCUCUUAAUGGGAGGUCUCCUAAUCUCAGCUCGUUACCUGUAUAAAAAAAGACACCUGUCCACAGAAUCAAUCAAUCAAUCACAUUCCAAACUCUCCACCAUGGUCAAGACUGAAGAGCAGUCCAAGGAUGUCAGGGACAAGAUUGUAGACCUACACAAGGCUGGAAUGGGCUACAAGACCAUCGCCAAGCAGCUUGGUGAAAAGGUGACAACAGCUGGUGCGAUUAUUUGCAAAUGGAAGAAACACAAAAUAACUGUCAGUCUCCCUCGGUCUGCUGCUCCAUGCAAGAUCUUACCGUGUGGAGUUUUAAUGAUCAUGAUAACAGUGAGGAAUCAGUUCAGAACUACACAGAAGGAUCUUGUUAAUGAUCUCAAGGCAGCUGGGACCAUAGUCACCAAGAAAACAAUUGGUAACACAAUACGCUGUGAAGGACUGGAAUCUUGCAGUGCCUUCAAGGUCUCCCUGCUCAAGAAAGCACAGGCCCAUCUGAAGUUUGACAAUGAACAUCUGAGUGAUUCAGAGGAAAACUGGGUGAAAGUGUUGUGGUCAGAUGAGACCAAUAUCAAGCUAUUUGGCAUCAGUUCAACUCGUUGUGUUUGAAGGAGGAGGAAUGCUGCCUAUGACCCCAAGAAAACUAUCCCCACCGUCUAACAUGGAGGAAAGACUUUGGGAGUCUUUUUCUGCUAAGGGGACAGGACAACUGCACCGCAUCAAAGGGACGAUGGACGGGGCCAUGUACCAUCAAAUCUUGGGUGAGAACCUCCUUCCCUCAGCCAGAGAAUUAAAAACGUGUCAUGGAUGGGUAUUCCAGCAUGACAAUGACCCAAAACACACAGCCAGGGCAACAAAGGAGUGCCUCCAGAAGAAACACAUUAAGGUCCUGGAGUAGCCUAGCCAGUCUCCAGACCUUAAAAAUCCCAUAAAAAAAUCUGUGGAGGGAGCUGAAGGUUUGAGUUGCCAAACGUCAUCCUUGAAACCUUAAUGAGUUGGAGAGGAUCUGCAAAGAGAAGUGGGACAAAUACUUAUUUCACUCAUUGACAUGCAAAUCAAUUUAUAACUUUUUUGACAUGCGUUUUUCUGGAUUUCUUUUUGUUUGUUAUUCUGUCUCUCACUGUUAAAAUACGCAUACCAUUAAAAUUAUAGACUGAUCAUUUCUUUGUCAGUGGGCAAAUGUUCAAAAUCAGCAGGGGAUCAUAAUACUUUUUUCCAUCACUGUAAAUCACAGUCUCUGUUUUUGAUCAACAAAAUUGAACAAAUAGGUUUCUCUGUUCCCACAGGAGUUGAAGACAAUAUGUAAUGUCAAAAGAGUUGUAUACAAAUCGCUGUGCUUGAUAGAAAAGAAAACUCAGCCUAAACGUUUCUUUGAUGUCCUUCUACAGAAACCCUUUCUGGUAAAAUUUCCAGAUUUGGCACCUAUUUCUCGAAGUAAGUCCAUUAUCCGAUGUCAUUAUAAAGGUACAGAAUAGAAAAACAUGUGAUAAACAUGUCCUCUUACCUGCCUUGUAUUGCACCAACCACAUGAUCUAAGCCAAUAUUUCUCUUCGUAAUGUCUAAAUUUUCAUAAGAAACAUAUGUAGGGAGAAUUAGUGGAUAAUAAACUGAGGAAUCUGGUUAAACACAUGUACUGUUAGGAUAAAUCUUUUAGGUAAUAGUGAAUAUGGUGUGGCAGGUGUGGAUAAGGGGAUAAAAAGAGUAUUACCAGAUCUUAGAAUGGCUAGACUUAACAUGACAUGAAAGACACCUCUACUAGGUGUAGACGAAACAGGGAUAGGCUGUAGUCAGGGUACCAGAAGAUGAAAUAAUGGUAAACACACUUAACACAAGAGCUAUAGCUUUAAAACAGCACUCCAAAUGCCAUGACCUCUAAAACUUCCCACUAAGUAGUCAAACCGUUUGACUAUAGAUAUUAACUAUAUCUGUGGACAUGUAUCAAGCAGAAAACAUGUAAUUUAAGAUUUGGUCAUCUUUCAUUCGACACACCAUUCAUAUAUGGAGCCUUCCGGAGCCUUUUUAUUCUCUUAUAUAGAGAAGGGCACAGCACACUGCCUAGUAGCCAGAAAAUGUCCAACAGAUGGUCUAUUAUUCCUUCAUCCCUUGUGUGUGGAACAUGCAGAGGUUAAUGAGUUUGCUCCAUCCUCUGUUGGUUUGAGUUUUUGGGGAAAAUUUAGAAUUUCUCAAGUCCUCUCGCCCAUAUAAUAAACCUAUUUAUCCCUUCAUCUGUGAUUAGGGUUUACCAAAACACAAGUUCCAUUCCUGAGCACCCUUUCAUGAUGAUGUAAUUCUACUAAUUAAUUCUUAACUCAAAUUCCUAUUAAUAUUGCAUGAGAGUAGGGGAUAUUUUUUUGACCUUCGUAUUCAAAAUAACAAGCUCCAUAACCACAACAACUUAUUUGAAAAAAAAUAAAAUAUUAAUAUUUACAGUUACCCUGAUUUCCUGUGUUGUCAUUCAAAGCUAUCUGGACUUAAUUCUGUAUUUUCUUUUUCCUACAGCAGAAAAUAGUUCAAAUGGAAACAUUCUACAGCUAUAGAAGUGUUUUUAUUUUAUGCACAUCCGUUAGUUUACCAAAAAUUUGCAAUUCAUUACAUGCUUCCUGAUUUAUUGAAUAACCCUCUUUCUUAAAUGGUUACUCCAGUGAAAAAAGAAACAGUUUUCAUAAAAUCUUUUUUCUAUAUGCAGUUUGUCACACUGAAUUCAGAUCACACACACAGCAUGCACGAUACAGAGAUCAUAUUUUGUGUCCUAACCACGGAUCUCUCUGAGUGAUGUGUACAGAGUUAAUAUUUAGCAGAAAAAUAUAAAAACAAUACCACACUCAAUAAAGUUGCAAAAAAAUGUAUGUUAGUUUUUAUUUGUAUUUCAUUACCAACAUUGGUCAGGUAUGAAGAAAUAUAUAAAUAAAGAGAUGUAUGCUGAAAAAUUUAAUGCAUCAUAUGUAAUACCAAAGAAUGAUAUAUGCCCUGUCAGAGGAUAGAAGAGAAGUAUAAAAGCAAAGUGCAAAUGCUAAAUAUGGUUUAUCGCCUACACUAAAGUGACAGAGUGCAAUCACCUCCUAUGUCUCCCUAUAAUGGAGAAAUGAAAUUGGAUACAAAAAGCUGGGUAUGCUACCCUACACCUGUCAAGACAAAGUGCAAACAUGAGCUAUGGUGCAAUACUUCAAACCACCACCAUUAUAGCAUAUAAUAUGAAAACGAUCACAAAGAAAAAAUAACAUAAAACCAAAUAGUAGAACUUGGCUGAAUCUCCUAAAUGCAAAAGUACAACAGUUUUAAUACAAAGUAAAGCCCCCCAAAAAUCGUAUCACGCUUUAAGAUAAAGUAGUAUCAAUACAGAAAAAAAGGUGAACCAGAUGGAUUACACCACAACCACAGGAAUCACCCAGUGGAGCGCUAAAGGGAAGUAUCUUACCCCUAUUUAGUAUUGGGGAAAUCGGAUGACACUUAUCCCAGUUGUAAAAAUAUAAGUGACAAUAUUAUCUAAAAUUAGAGAAUAAAACACAUAAUGGUGCAGUAUGCCAGUGAAGUCUAGGUAUAGUACAAAGGUGAUAUAUAUAUCCAACUCACAUGGUAGAGAGCCUAUAGAUCGGCUCAAAUCUCACUCGCCCAGGUAUAUAUGGUUAUACCAAACCUUGCUCCAGAUCCAGAGCUCACAGAAGUUAAGGUAAAUAAAAAUAAAAUGAGAAAUAAUUUCCUAGUGCAGAUCUGUUAGAUGAAAACAGUGAUCAAGGUGAUAGUACAUAGAGUUGCUCACCUGGAAUAGAGCUAGUUGUACAAGGCUCUAUGUAUACAAGCACCUGUGCCUUUUAGGGAGGCAAAAGCCCUUCUUUAUAUGUAGAUACAGGAAACAACUUGAAGAUCCACUGGAUAAAUAUCAGAUAAUAGUAACAAUUUAUUAUAAAACACUAAAAAACUACAAUAAGUAGAAAUACCAAGUGUUAAAAUCGAUGAAGUGGUCUUCCUUUGACAUCCGAGACGCGUUUUGCCGGUCGUCUUUUUCAAUCGGGUGAUGUUGCUUCCUGGAGAGGCUGUCUUUAAAUUUCGCUCCUUUCCUUCUGAUUGGCUGCCCUGAUAUCCAGGCAGCCAAUCGCGGGAUAGGGGCGUGCAUCUGCACGGCUGUCUAUCUUAAUUACAGGAGUUCCCGGAACCGGAAGUGACGUCACGUAUAGAUUGGUUAGUCCAUCAUAAGUCCGUUCUUCAUUCAGUUUCAAAAGUCCCAUAUGUGCAUGUCCUUAAUCAUGAUAUACUCACUUAUGCCCAUAGAGGCUUCAGUAGCCAUCUUGUGUAAGGGCAUUACUUAUUCGUAUAUCCAUUUCCAAUAGUGCAUAAAUGUCCCAAAUUAUUCAGUAUUUUAUAAAAAUAGAAAAGAGAGGAGUAUAGUUAUUCAUAUGUAUAACAAAGAGAGACACAUAUCAGUUUAUGUUCUACAAAUAAAGUAAUCAUAUUGCAGACUAUAUAAUAUAGUACAACCUAUAUAGGGGGGUCAGAUUUAAGGUGCAUGCUUACUUUGUAUGCAUGAAUUAGUUUGACACAUAUAAUCAUAUGUUAAAAGAAUUCUCUGGGAGUGAAAUAUAGAUAAAAAUAUGAAUACAAUAUUCAAAAAUAUAAUAUUAAAAAUUAACUAAUAAUAAAAAUAAUAUUAUAUUACAAUUUUCAAAAAUAUAAUAUUAAAAAAUAACUAAACUAUAUAAAAAUUAUGUUAGAAAGUGGCAAAGCUCAAAAUCGCUAUUGAGACCAUUUGGUUGCAUGGAAUUUAAAUUAAAAAUCCACUUCAUUUCCGUUUGUCCCAUUUUUCUAAUAAUAUCCUCACCUCUCCAAUUAAAAGUAACUUUUUGGAUUCCUAAAAAGGUCAUUUGGCUUGGGUCACUGUUAUGUUUGGUUUUAAAGUGCAUUGAUAAACUGUGUUUCACAUAACCAUUCUUAAUAUUGCGUAUAUGCUCUUGUAUCCGAACCUGCAACGUUCGAGUAGUACGUCCCACAUAAGUUAAAUUACAUGUACAUUUUACUAUAUAGAUGACAUACUUAGAAUGACAAGCGAUGACCUCUUUAAUUUUAAACUUUUGUUUGGUAUCUUGAGGAUGUUGGAAUUCUUUUAUAUUGCGUUUGGAGCUUUUUGUAUUUCUACAAGAUCCACAUAUUCCACAUCUGUAAAAUCCACUAGACUCAUUAAAUGGGUUGUUUCUAAUGUUUUUUAGGGAAGAGUGGUUUUGAGUAAGAUUACAUUUUAAAUUAGGGACGCCUCUGUAAAUGACUUUUGUUUUUUCUGGGAGAAUAUAUUUAAGCGUCGCUUUUUAAAAUUGGCCAAUGUUUAGUUAAGAUUUUUUUCAAUUGUUUAGUCUGGCAAUUGAAAUUACAAAUAAAAGGUACAUCAUCGGUGUUUGUUUUUUUGUUUUAUUUGUAAUUUCAAUUGCCAGACUAAACAAUUGAAAAAAAUCUUAACUAAACCAAACAUAACAGUGACCCAAGCCAAAUGACCUUUUUAGGAAUCCAAAAAGUUAAUUUUAAUUGGAGAGGUGAGGAUAUUAUUAGAAAAAUGGGACAAACGGAAAUGAAGUGGAUUUUUUAUUUAAAUACCAUGCAACCAAAUGGUCUCAAUAGCGAUUCUGAGCUUUGCCACUUUCUAACAUAAUUUUUAUAUAGUUUAGUUAUUUUUUAAUAUUAUAUUUUUGAAUAUUGUAAUAUAAUAUUAUUUUUUAUUAUUAGUUAAUUUUUAAUAUUAUAUUUUUGAAUAUUGUAUUCAUAUUUUUAUCUAUAUUUCGUUCCCAGAGAAUUCUUUUAACAUAUGAUUAUAUGUGUCAAACUAAUUCAUGCAUACAAAGUAAGCAUGCACCUUAAAUCUGACCCCCUAUAUAGGUAGUACUAUAUUAUAUAGUCUGCAAUAUGAUUACUUUAUUUGUAGAACAUAAACUGAUAUGUGUCUCUCUUUGUUAUACAUAUGAAUAACUAUACUCCUCUUUUUUCUAUUUUUAUAAAAUACUAAAUAAUUUGGGACACUUAUGCACUAUUGGAAAUGGAUAUACGAAUGAGUAAUGCCCUUACACAAGAUGGCUACUGCAGCCUCUAUGGGCAUAAGUGAGUAUAUCAUGAUUAAGGACAUGCACAUAUGGGACUUUUGAAACUGAAUGAAGAACGGACUUAUGAUUGACUAACCAAUCUAUACGUGACAUCACUUCCGGUUCUGGGAACUCCUGUAAUUAAGAUAGACAACCGUGCAGAUGCAUGCCCCCAUACCGUGAUUGGCUGCCUUGAUAUCAGGGCAGCCAAUCAGAAGGAAAGCCAAACCACGCAUGGAUUAUUGUAACCCUCUCCUGCUUGGUCUUCCCAAAAGCCGUACUGCACCCCUACAGUCUGUAAUGAAUGCUGCUGCUAGACUGAUUUUCCUCUCUAGUCGGUUCUCUCACACCUCACCCCUCUGCCAGUCCUUACAUUGGCUUCCUGUGUGCUAUAGGAGUCAAUUCAAGGCACUAACUCACACCUAUAAAGCACUGAACAACUCUAGCCCCUCUUAUAUCUCCUCACUGAUCCACAGGUAUGUCCCUUCUCGGUCUCUCCGCUCUGCCCGUGACCACCUCCUGUCCGUUGUCCGCACCCGUACGGCCAACUCGCGCUUGCAGGACUUCUCGCGGGCGGCUCCCUUCCUAUGGAAUAGCCUGCCUACCGCCAUCCGACUCUCCCCUAGUCUUGCAUCUUUUAAGAAGUGCCUUAAAACCCAUCUCUUUAGGAAAGCUUAUGGCCUCCAAGACUAACCCCUACCUCACAUACCCGUCUCUUGCCCUCUCCUAAAGGGCAGCCCACCUUAUUUGAUUGCACAUUCCUGUCCUAAUGUGUUUUACACCCCACCUCCUAUAGAAUGUAAGCUCGAUUGAGCAGGGUCCUCUUCAACCUAUUGUUCCUGUAAGUUUAUUUGUAAUUGUCCUAUUUAUAGUUAAAUCCCUUUUCAUAAUAUUGUAAAGUGCUACGGAAUCUGUUGGCACUAUAUAAAUGGCAAUAAUAAUAAUAAUAAUAAAAGGAGCAAAAUUUAAAGAGCCUCUCCAGGAAUCAACAUCACCCGAUUGAAAAAGCCGACCGGUGAAACACGUCUCGGAUGUCAAAGGAAGACCACUUCAUCGAUUUUAACACUUGGUAUUUCUAUUUAUUGUAGUUUUUUUUUAUUGUUUUAUAAUAAAUUGUUACUAUUAUCUGAUAUUUAUCCAGUGGAUCUUCAAGUUGUUUCCUGUAUAUACAUAUAAAGAAGGGCUUUGCCUCCCUAAAAGGCAUAGGUGCUUAUAUACAUAGAGCCUUGCACAACUGGCUCUAUUGCAGGUGAGCAACUCUAUGUACUAACACCUUGAUCACUGUUUUCAUCUAACAGAUAUGCACUAGGAAUUUUUUUCUCGUUUUAUUUUAUAUACCUUAACUUCUGUGAGCUGUGGAUCGGGAGCAAGGUUUGGUCUAACCAUAUAUACCUGGGCGAGUGAGAUUCGAGCCGAUCUAUAGGCUCUCUACCAUGUGAGUUGGAUAUAUAUAUCACCUUUGUACUAUACCUAGACUUCACUAGCGCAUACUGCACCAUUAUGUGUUUUAUUCUCUCAUUUUAGAUAAUAUUGUCACUUAUAUUUUUACAACUGGGAUAAGUGUCAUCCGAUUUCCCCAAUUCUAAAUAGGGGUAAGAUACUUACCUUUAGCGCUCCACUGUGUGAUUCCUGUGGUGAUGGUGUAAUCCACCUGGUUCACCGUUUUUCUGUAUAGAUCUAUUUGUGUGGGAUUGGGAUACCUGCACGUGUGUCGAGCUGCUGUGUAUAUACUUAUAUUCUGUAUCAAGCACCAAUUUACACAGAGCACCUUUCAAAGUAGUAUCAACAUUCUCAAAUCUAAUGUAAAUGCUUGAGAGAUAGAUAUUGGAUUCUGCCUCAGUUAUAUAUUCAUCAAUGCAAGUAGGUCAGAAAAAAAAUAUAAGAACAUGUAUAAAUGCCAGCUGGUGCCUUAUUAUCUAUAACCCUACCUAGCAUGAGCUCACAAAUAAUAGAAAGUUAAAAAAGAAAAAUACAAACCAAAAUUCUUUGCUUUGAUCUCAGCCCUCCAGUUACAUUCCAAUGGGCAGUAGUCAUGAUGAACCUUGAGUGUAGUAGGUGUAUAGUGGAUACACUGGUAACCAAGAGAAGUAUUGGAACAAGCGUGAGGAAUCUCUUUGAUCCGUAUUUCAAGUACGCAGAAGUGUUACCAAGUUCAAUCUGGGGCUGCGUGCACGAGACCUGGCGUCCCUUCGAAGACCCUGGCUAAUCUUUAGCUGUGCUGCUUGGGUCUGCAAGAUCUGUAUAGUACACAGUGCAGAGCAUUUUGUCAGCUGUAAGAGAUCCUAGUUGCUGUGCUGCUUCCUAAGUUUUUGUUCUAACCAGUUAAAUUAAGAGCAUAUUGUAGUAACAAAAAUUGUAAGAAUGCUAUCCGGCUACACAUUAAUGGUUAUUCGCUAACCUCUAAAAUUAAAUAGGAUGACAAAAUGUAAACAAACAUAGGUUUGUUGGUCACAUUUAAGGUUAUAGAUUUGAGUGUGAGAACCUCUCCCAAUGCACCCCCCCACCCCUGAGUUUUAAUUGAUGGACUGCACUAGCAUUAUAUUCAUAACACCACACUGGUUGAAACCCAAUUUUUCCCUUAUGAAUACAUAAGUAACAAACAGGGUUAUUUAAUAAAUCAGGAAUCAUGCGGUGAAAUGGCAAUUGUAGGCUAAAAUUUGCUGUCUGUUUAUUCAAAUUGUUUUUUUUUUUUUUUAUGUUUACUCUUGUAUUUUUUUAAUAAGUAAGAACGUUAUUAGCACAAACAUUUAUAUUUAAUGAUCAUUAUCAGGUUUCUAUUAUUAUUUUUUUAUUCAAAGCUAGAAUCCAAGCACCAUAUCCAAAAUAACUUAUUUGAUAUGGCUUUUCUGCUAGUAAGCGAUAGAUGCAGUCAUAUUCAAGAAGGUACAUGACCAAAACAACACAAACAAACAAAAAACUGGUGCAUUUCCCGACAUCUUAAAUCCACCUUUUGCAUAUGUCAAAAAUAGGAAGGUUUACUUCAAAAUAUUUGAACAGAUGUGGUGAGAGCUUAUAGGCUAUUAACCUUUUUGCUACUGUGUUAAUGUGAUGGUGCUGGAAGAGUCAGUGCCAUUUUGGUAAUGCUGAAGUGGCUGCGGAGAAUCCAUAUGGCUAAAUCCACAUAUGCCCCAAAAACUCACAGCCCCACAGGAUUAUUUACUAAAGUUUGAUUUCAAAACAAAUUUAAAGUGAAUUUCAAACUUAAAAUCAGAAGAGAUGAACUGACAGCAUAGAUGACUAGGGAAUUUUUGCAAUUGGUCUAUUUUGAUCUUAAAUGUUAAAUUCCCGGAUAGGAUGUAGAGAAUCAGCAUGGCCAAAUCCACAGACGCUCAUCGCCUCACAAGGAUAUAUUUACAUUCUGUUUACUAAAGUUUGAAUUUAAAAUAAAUUGAAAAUGAAUUUCAAAUUUAAGAUCAAAGUUGCCGAACCAACAGUAUAGUUGAUUUUUCCAAUUUGGCUUCUUUGUCCUUAAAUUUGAAAUUCACUACGAAUUCUCACUAUAGUAAACCCUGACAGUAUUUUGAUAUUUUCAUCUGGUGGGCUUAGAAUGCACGUGCAUCCGCUUUUUCUACAAAACUGCUUAAGAAAAUAGCAGAUAAAAUAUACUUAUAACGCAUAGAACAUAGCCACUAAUAUAAUCUGGUGUUUACUUUUUAAAAUCAUUAAAUUAAUUUAGAUAUUCUUCCAAAUUAUCUGCACAGAAUAUAAAGCACAACAGUAUGAAUGUGUGUAUACUACUUCUUCAAGAAGUGCAUCAUUGAGAAGAUUUUUUCAAGAGAAAAAAGUUGCAAUAUCUUUUGCUAUAAAAAAACUUUUCCCAUUUCUGAAUGGAUUGCAAGAUUUAGCUAUUCUGUCAGAAAGAGAAUCAUUGGUGAGUAUUCUCUUCCAUUCUUAAUAUAUUAGCCUUACUCCUUCAUUACCGAGUGCAUUUCAUUAACAUAUGAACAGUAGUGAUGUCCCGAACGGUUCGCCGAACGUGUCGCCACAGAUGGCGAACAUAUGCGCUGUUCGGUCCGCCCCCUAUGUCAUCAUUGAGUAAACUUUGACCCUGUACCUCACAGUCAGCAGACACAUUCCAGCCAAUCAGCAGCAGACCCUCCCUCCCAGACCUUCCCACCUCCUGGACAGCAUCCAUUUUACAUUUAUUGUAAAGCUGCAUUCUUAGUGAGCUGUCCAGGAGGUGGGAGGGUCUGGGAGGGAGGGUCUGCUGCUGAUUGGCUGGAAUGUGUCUGAUGACUGUGAGGUACAGGGUCAAAGUUUACUCAAUGAUGACGAAUAGGGGGCGGACCAAACAGCGCAUAUGUUCGCCGUCCGUGGCGAACUGUUUGGCGAACCGUUCGGGACAUCACUAAUGAACAGCAUUUUUAAAGAUUACUUAAAAAUAUGUUAAUCCUUUAAAAGAACAUUGAAGAGAGUUUGAUACCUAAAUUGAGUAUAAAGGUUUUUAUUUUCCUGUAUUUUACAGUAUAAUAAUAAAAGUAAUAAUAAUUUGCGAUUUUUAUAGCUCUUUUCUCCCUGUGAGACUCAAAGCAUUUUACAAAUAAACAAACAAAAAAGACAUAAAAGUUACGAGUUUCUGUAGGUCAGCUGAGCAGACUGAAUGCCUGAUGGAAGAGGUGGGUCUUUAGCUUUUUUUUUAUUUAAAAGUCUGUAAGGACGAUACCUCUCUGAUUGUGAGCAGUAAAUAGUUCCAGAAGAUAGGGGCAGUGUGGCUGAAUGCCCUGGAACCUGAGUCUGUCUUUAUUCUUGGCACUGACAGGAGGGAUUUGCUAGCUGACCAGUGGCGUACAUACCGGGAUCGCAGGGGUCGUGGCUGCGUUCGGGCCCGGGCCUCCAGUGUGGCCACAUUUUGCCAGUCUCUUCUUCAGGGCCCCCCAGGCUGGCAAUGGCUUCAGUUUGCCGGCGGCAGUACGGGCGCGCGAGGGAGCACUCUCCCCAUGAGUGCUCUCUGCCCUGCUCCCUCGUGCGCACCGCACUGAUGCCAAAGCCAGAAUAUGACAUCAAAUUCUGGCUCCGGCAUCAGUAAGCGGCGCGCGAGGGAGUUGGGCAGAGAGCACUCAGAGGGAGAGUGCUCCCUCGCGUGCCCUACUGGCCGCCCAGCUGCCCAGCAGCCCCACUGGACCCCAGGGACAGCAGGAAUCACCACAGCACUCCCAAAGGUAGGGAGACUGAGGGAUUAAAUAAAAAAAAAUAUGUGAGUAUGUGUGUGUGUGUCUGUUAAUGAGUGUGUUAGUUUGUGUGUGUCAGUGAGUGUGUUACUGUGUGUGUGUGUGGGGGGGGGCCCACUGAUCGAUUUUCGCAUCGGGGCCCCAUGGAUCUUGUGUACGCCACUGUAGUUGACCAAAAUGAACGGGAUGGAAUGUAGGGUGUCAGGAGCUCUUUCAGGUACUGUGGGCCUUGAUUGUUUAUGGCUUUGAAGGUGAGCAGGCCAAUUUUAAAAUAUAAACAGAUAUAUUAUGUUGGCACUCUGCAAGGAGAUAGGUGCAGAUAUUGUGGUCACCCUCUAAUCAAACCUCCAAAAAUAUAAUCAAAUAAUUAAAGGAAUACCGCACUCAAAAUUAUGCAAAAAAGUAUAUUUGUAAUAUGUUCAAAAAGGAAGACAAAACUUAUAUUUCCAUUACAAUGGAAGGGGGGAAAAACUGAGUUACUACGUACACACAUAAAACCCAUAAAUCACCAAUUGAUACCUAUAGCUCAUGUAGUAUAAGAACAGCUGAAUAAAAAUUAAUUAAGAAAAUAACAGGUGAUUCAUACAAAAAAAUUAUAAUUACAGGUAAUGACUCCGGUAGAUCCACCCACUAACUCAUUACAGUAGGAGUAUGUGUACACAUUAGCUACUGAAAAAAUGGCAAAGAAAUACAAUAUAGACAAAAGAAGAAAAAAAAAAUUAAAAAUUUAUGAGUAUCAAGUCCACUUGCUAGGAUGGAUAUGAAUGAUCUGUAUAAUAAAUAAUAAUAAAAAAAUCAAACGAGAAAAGGCAAAAAUAGCAGAAAAGGUUGGAUCUCACCCCACUAUUUAGAUCAUCAAUCCUGAUCAAAUGGAUAAGUCUGUAAAGGAUCACCUGGUAACCCGACCAGUUAACUCCGCUAUUUCUCUUCCUUCAGCUGAACAGGAACCAUUUAAGAUAUAAAAAGACCCAUUUCCCCCCUGUAACUAGAUUGUUUCCCGACUCGUUCAUUUUGAGUGCGAUAUUCCUUUAAUUAUUCAAUUUUAACAUAUGUUUGCCAUUUAAUUGGAAGCCAAUGAAGGGAGUGGAGAUGUUAUGUGGCAGGAGCGAGUUUGAUCGGUCAGUAGUCUGGCUGCUGCAUUUGGUACAGUCUGAAGGUGAUGGAGUUCUUUUACUGGUAGGUCCAAGUAAAGUACAUUGCAGUAAUCUAGCCGAGUGGAUACAAAUGCAUGGAUUAAUGUUGGCAUAUCAUCUGGUGGAAUUAAGUGUUGUAUCCUGGCUGUGUUUUUCAGAUGAAAGUAGGCAGAUUUAUAUUACGGAGGAAAUCUGCUGUUUAAAUGAUAGUCCAGAGUCAGCACUCUGAGGUUUUGUACCUUUAAUGAACUGAUGAGUUCAGAGCCUCCAAGUUCCAAGCCAGUUGGGUGAUUAAGAGUUUUGCCCGAGCUCACUUUAAGCCAACUAGCAUUCAUCCAUUCUAUGAGGAGUGCUAAGCAACUGUUGAUACGGCAUGUUGGGUCUGUGGGAUCUGGAGAAAAGAAGUAUAGUUGUGUGUCAUCAGCGUAACAACCUUAGUGUGAAAACUGGUCCGUAAAGUCUCACCGUCAUUUAUACUCUAGUGAUGAUUAGCAGUCUGUUGCUUUCAAUUGAUUUCCCUGCCAGAAGCCGCUAGUCACAGAUGUAAUGCCUACAAAUCUACUGAAAAUGUAAGCUCAUCUUACAAGCUCCCUUCUUUCAAACAGUACAUGAAGUUUCAAUGGGUCAUAUCACCCAACAGUCAGGGCGAAGGAGGAGUGAAUGAACUGUAGCCAGGGUUGAUCCUAGGGUCACAGAAGCCUGGGUGCAGAAUUAUUUUUGGCACCCCUAUGUGGGCGUGGUCAUACACACUGACAGACCCACACUGGCAGACACACACUCUCAAUGACACACACAAUCUCACUAAUUUGAAACACACUCACUGACAGACAGACAUACACAAUUAGUAUAGUUAAAACACAUAUACCAGAGAGGGAGCCACUAUCACAAAUGUGCAAGUAUAUUUACCAUACAGACGUUGGAAUAUGACAUGUAAAGGAAACAUAAGAAACAAUAUACAUAGUGAAGUAUUUAAUGAUGUCAAAAAAUAAAGAUAAUAACAAUGGAUACACUCACAAAAUAAGUGGCACAAAGAGACAUAUAGCUAUUUGUGCUAAAGAGCUUGAGAGGGGGUUGGGUGGCAGCUGCACAGGAGUUUGCGGGAGAUGUCCCAAAUUUUUAUCGUUGCCAAAGUGGCCCGGGAGUGCUUGGGCAGCGUCUCCUCUAUGGUGGGGGGACAACCACAUCACUGUUUUAAUGUCUUGGUUUUGCAGCCAGUGCUGUUCUAUGGAGACGGUUUGUGGCUUGGGUGAUGGGAAAAAGGCUAGCUAGUACCGCUGCUCUAUGGUAUAGUUGCACAUUGGGCAGGCUCAUCCCAUCUGUGCUUUUAGGUUGAUACAGUGUGGAUGUGGCUACUCUUGGUCUUUUCCCCUGCCAGAUGAAUAUGUUGUUUUGUUUUUGGAGCGACGUGAAGUAAGCGGACGGUAUCUGUAGGGUAAGUGUCCGGAAUAAGUAUUGUAACGUAGGUAAUAUCACCAUCUUAACUGCCGCUAUGCGGCCUGACAAAGAGAUACAUUUAUUUCUCCAAUUGUGGAGAGUGUCCGUGAUUUCUUUACUGAGUUUGGUAUAAUUCAGGUGAUACAAAUUGGACAGGUUAUGUGGGAGUUUGACUCCCAAGAACGUGAGGUAAUUUGUUCUCCAGUCAUACGAAAAUUGGCUCUGCAGGGCGGACAGGUAGCCAUCCCCCAACCUCACCCCCGUAGCCUGUGUCUUGGAAAGGUUUAUCUUAUAGUAUGAACAUCGGCUGUACCUCUGCAGUAUGGAGUGGAAUGGCGGUAGGGACGUGUGAGGGUCGGUGAUAGUGAGUAAGAUGUAAUCUGCGAAAAGGUUCAGUUUGUGUUCCUCCCCACCAAUCCGGACACCGUGAACUCCCUCGUCGAGCAGAUGGACUCGGCUAAGGGUUCUAAAGCCAUAAUGUAUAGGAGGGAUGAUAGGGGGCAUCCCUGCCUAGUGCCAUUGACGAUGGGGAAGGGUGUGGAUUGGAAUCCAGAUGUGAAGACUCAGGCUUUGGGGUUGCUGUACAGAGAUUUGACUACUGAGGUGAAAUGUGUAAGAAAGCCAAAUUUGGUCAUGACUGCCUGCACUGGCAGUUUCUCAAAAGCCUUCUCAGCGUCCAAGGACAAUAGGAGACUGUUGGCGGAUUGUUUGUGCAUGGUGUGUAGCAGUGCAAGGGUCUUCCGCGUGCCAUCAGUUCCCUGUCUGCCAUGCACGCAGCCCACCUGGUCGGAGUGUAUGAUAGUUGGAAGAAUAUCCAUCAGUCGGUUGGCGUAUACUUUAGCCAGGAUCUUUACAUCCGAGUUUAGUAGGGUAAUGGGUCGAAAGUUGGCACAUUGAACCGGUGGUUUUCCAGGUUUAGGCAAGGUGGCUACAUUGGCCGCGAGCAUAUCUGGUGGCAUGGAUUCUAGUGUGGUAGGUAAGGUAAGAAGCGAGACCAGACAGGGGGCGAAGAUGGAGGAGAACUUUUUAUAGUACACGUUAGGAAGUCCGUCUGGGCCUGGGGCUUUGUUUAGUGGUAGGUUCUGUAUAACUGUGUCUACUUCCGUUUGGGAAAUGGUUUAUCUUUAUUUUUUGACAUCAUUAAAUACUUCACUAUAUAUAUUUUUUCUUUUGUUUCCUUUACAUGCCACAUUCAAACGUCUGUAUGGUAAAUAAAAUUGCACAUUCUUGAUAGUGGCGCCCUCUUUGGUAUAUGUGUUUUAACUAUACUACUUCUGUAUCCUUCUAUUUUGGGAUUUGGGAGUGAUCCCCAUGCUGAUUGACUAGCAUGCACUUGCCAAUUGCACUUUUUUCCCCACUUACCGUUUCUUAUUUACAGAUAUACACAAUCACUGACAGUCACAUACUUGCACUGAGAGAAAAACACUGAGAGACACACACUGACAGACACUCUCAGUGACAGACACACAAUCUCACUGAUUUAAAAUACAUUAGCUCACUGACAGACAUACACGCUCACUGACAGACACACUCAUUGACAGACACACACUCACUGACACACACUCACUGAGUGACAGACACAGAUACUGACAUACACACACACACACACACACACACACACUGACACUAACUGACUCAAAGACACAACUUUGCCACAAUCCCCAAUGCCUGCAGUGAUUGGAAAAGGUAGUGGUUUUGUUUUCAGUGGGAUUGCUGUGCAUAUAUAUUCUUGAACAGUGCACAUCAGCUUAUUUUACUGGAAUGAGUACCUUCUCACACUGUCACUGACAGACACACACACUGACAGGUACACACACUCAUUGAUAGACAUCCACUCACCGACAGAGACACACUCACUGACAGACACACGCACUCACCAACAGACACACAUUCACUGACAGACACACACUCAAUGAAUGACAUACAUACUUACUGACAGAGACACACUCAGUGACAUGCAGUUCAGUCAUCAAGGGCCAAUCUUUUUCGCAUCCCUGUCCUGGCAAAAUGUUGACUAUAAAGCAUUGCUUUACUUGUGAAUUUACUUUUGUAGUUUACCUCAUUAAAUGCCCCUUGUGCCUGAUUUACAUUAGUGAAACUACCAAUAAAAUCAGAGAAGGCAUGUUCAAACACAGAAGAGAAUUUACAAAUUGCCUCCUCUUGUGCCUACAAUCAUGCAGUUUCCAAAAUGAAAUGGCAAGCGACUGAUUGUGUCCACACAAAUGGAUGAACGAUGAACAAAUAAGUAAAAAAUAAAAAUUGUGUAAACUUACACAAUUUUAAUUUUUAAGCUUGUCUGCAAAGCAAUUUAUACACAACAUUGCUAUGUUAUGAUAUGUUUAUAUGUUAACUAUGUAUCCCUUUCUUCAAAAUAAUGCUAUACUAAUAUUUUUGAAACAAAAAGUGCUCGGUAGUAAAGGGGUUAAGUGUAUCUUAUCUUGCAAUGCUUCAAGACAAAACAACUAAAGCUUAAUUAAGCAGUUCUAUAGAUCAUGCCCCUGCAGCCUCACUGCUCAAUUCUCAGCCAUUUAAAAGUUAAACCACUUUUGCUUCUGUUUAUGUGACCCUAGAUACACCUCCUCUGGCUGUGACUCACACAACCUGCAUAAAAAAAGAGGUUUGCAAACUCAUCUUCCAGCACAGUGCUUACUUUAGAUGUUUUUAAUCUCCUGCUCUGUUCAUUGAACUUUAACCCCUUAAGGAAGGAAGCAAUUGUUCAGCUUCUGAACAAAAAUAAACCAUUCUGUGUUAUUUGUGCUAUCUGUUUAUUCCUCCACAAUUUAAGAGUGAGUGUUGAAGUGCAUCCAUACAUUGCUUAUUUUAAAGGACUACUAAAGUCACCCAGACGACUUAAUUGAAAUGAAGUGGUCUGGGUGCAAUGGUCCUGUAAUUUUAGCCCUUCAAUGUGAAACGUUGCUAUUUUGCAGAAACAGCAAUGUUUACAUUGCAUGGUUAACCCCUUAAGGACGGCGGGGGUUCUAUGCUGUCUUUUUUUAGACAGUCCUAAAUACCGGCGAGCGUCCCCGCUGUCUUUUGUACUUACCGGGUCCUCGCCAUUCCCCCCAUGGCGGUCGCGAUCCUGGUGUCUGCCUGGGAGCAGGGUCCUCGCGAUCACAUGGCCGGAAUAGCCGGCUUAUGCAGAGCCUGCAGGCUGUCCCCCUCAUGCCUGUAAAAAAGUUUGUAAAAGUUAUUAAACGUUAUUAAACAGUUUUAAAAUUAAAUAAAAAUUAAAUAAAAAGUACUUGGACCAUACAUAUGAAUAUAUAUAUAUAUAUAUAUAUAUAUAUAAUAAAAAUAAUCAAUAAAUAAAUUGAAAAAAAAAGAAAGAAAUGAUAUACCAGUUUUAAUUUGUUCUAACUGUAUUUUGAUAUUAAUAUACAUACAUAAAUUCAAAAUACAUUUAGAAUGACAUUAUAAAUACAUAUAUGUAUAUCUAUCUAUCUAUCUAAAACAUUUUAUAUAUAUAUAUAUAUAUAUAUAUAUAUAUAUAUUUAGAUUCUACAAAUAUAUUUAUAUAAUAUUUUUACAUAAUCAAGUCAUUUUAUUAAUUACAAUCUGAGGGACCUGCCCGACAACCCAGGCAGAAAGCCCAGAGAUUUUGUCUCAUAAGCCCUAUAUUUAACCCUGUAACUUUCCAGGACACCAUAAAAGCUGUACAUGGGGUGUACUGUUUUACUCGGAAGACUUCACUGAACACAAAUAUUAGCGCUUUUAAAACAGUAAAACAUAUUACAACGAUGAUAUCGUCAGUAAAAAUUCAUUUUUUUGCAUUUUUCACAAACUAAAGGUACUUUCACUGACAUAUAAGUGUAAGAUAUAAGUGUUGUAAUAAGUUUUACUGUUUUGAAACACUAAGAUUUGUGCUCAGCAAAGUCUCCCGAGUAUAACAGUACUCCUCAUGUACAUGUUUUAUGGUGUUUUCAAAAGUCACUGGGUCAAAUAUAAGGCUUGGAUUUCCUUUUUUUCACAUUGAAAUUUGCCCGAAUGGUUACGUUGCCUUUGAGACCGUAUGGUAGCCCGGGAAUGAGAAUUACCCCAAUGAUGGCAUACCAUUAGCAAAAAUAGACAACCCAAGGUAUUGCAAAUGAGGUAUGUCCAGUCUUUUUUAGUAGCUAUAUAGUCACAAACACUGGCCAAAAUUGGUGUUCAAAUUUGUUUUUUGCAUUUUUCACACACAAACAAAUAUGAACGCAAACUUUGGCCAGUGUUUGUGACUAAGUGGCUACUAGAAAAGACUGGACAUACCCCAUUUAUAAUACCUUGGGUUGUCUGCUUUUUCAAAUGGUUUGCCAUCAUGGGGGUAAUUUUCAUUCCUGGGCUACCAUACGGUCUCAAAGGCAACAUAACCAGUCUGGCAAAUUUCAGUGUGUAUAAACUGAAAAAUUUUACAUGCUAUAUUUGACCCUGUAACUUUCCAAAACAUCAUAAAACCUGUACAUUGGGGGUACUAUUUUACUUGUGAGACUUUGCUGAAUACAAAUAUUUGUACUUUAUUGCAGUAACAGCUAACAGUAUUGUGACAUUCACAGUUAAAAUGCCAUGCAGAAGUAAAAAAAUAAAAAUAAUUAUGUUUACUAUACAAAUAUUUGAUGUGACAUGAAAUCCCUGUUUCUCCUGAACAAGAUGAUACAUGAUAAGUGUGGGUGCACAUAAUAUGAAAGACGUGAAUUACACCUGAACAGACAUAUAGUGCAAAUUCAGUCCUUAAGGGGUUAAAUACAAUUACAUAGCGUGGCAUAUAGACGCACUAACUCUUCCAGAACCAAGUGAAAUUCAGUCCUGCACUGAAAUGCUUCUCAUAGCAGCAUUUGAUUGGAGGAACAUGGUAUUUGUCUGCACAUACAUAUUCCGCCAACCAAAGCUUCUCAAUGAUUGGACGAGAUCGCUGAAGACAUACUGAUGCCUUUAGAGGAGAACUUGGCAGCUGCUGCUCUGGAAAUGAGGUGAGUAAAUUUAAUUUAACUUUAACUUUUAUCAGCAAACAAAGGGUGGACAGUCGGCACAGUGAUAGAACCUAUAGUCCCUAAAGAUCAAUGCUUAUUUUUGGGACUAGAUGUUCCCUUUAAUAUCCUAUAUGUAGACCUACCACAGAAUUAAGUAUGAAUAAAAAGUGGGAGACAUGGAAAUAAAAUACACUCCUUAUUGUUAAUUGACUCAUAUGUAUAGCAUUUAAAUACAUUUUUAGUAGUUAACACUAACUGUAUACCAAUCCUACCCUUAACCCUACACCAACUCUACCCCAAUCCUACACUAACCCUAAUACUACUUCAAUACUAACCUAACACUAACCUUAAUGCUAAACCUAAUCUUAACUGAGUGGGAUUCCCUCUGCCGACAUAAAUACUGACAUCAGAAUAGGAGAAUCACCAUAGUAAUUUAAAGGAAUUUAAAGGGCUAUAUGCAGCACUUACUUUGAUGUGUACAGCUCAUCUAUCAGUCGGAGUACACUAAAUAUGGCCCUAGCUCACAGACUGGAACCUGAGGUAUCGAAUAUUACCUAUAUGUCCUAGUUUGAGCAAGGAUUUAACCCAAAAUACGAGGAUGUUCCACAUUGUCUUAAAGGUGAUAAAGGCUACUAUUUUCAGGAAUUUGUUAAGGGGUUAAUGACACAUUGGAGGCAGGAUCUAGCAAACAAUUAAGAGAGCAGGCGUCAAUAACUUCUAAAUUAAACACACUGUGCAAAAAUUGAAAUGUAUUGAGGCUGUGUAAGUGCUUUUAUGUUACUCGCUUCUGUAUGGCUGUUUUUUUUCCUUUUAAUUCAUCACUGCAUAAGCUUUUAUUAAUAUUGGGGAGCUGUUAAACAUCUGACUUUGCUUCAUGUUUUAGCCGCACACUAUAGAUUGGCAGCAUUUUCUGCCCUUUGUUUAGAAACUGUAUAUAAAAUAAUAAUUGUUUGUUUUAUAGAAGCUUCAAACAGAUGAGAGGUCCGUUCAUCAAGUGAUCUAUGAAAGCUUGUGCUGGAUAGAAAAGAAGAACGUGCAGAUUGAAAUCAUACUUGAUUAUAUAUUUCUAGAUUGUUUCCUUAAAAUAUUUCCUGAAUUAAUGAGCAUUUCGCACGGUAAGUUAUAUAAUUCUUUCUGGUCUGCAUUCCAAGUUGGUUGAGUUCUCUAUCCCACCACCUCUGGGCGUUGCUUGGUCAUAAAUGCAAAAGGUUUAACAUCCAUUAGGAGAAAGAGAGACAGAAUGGGUGUUUUAUAAGAGGAUGACUAUAAAAAAGAAACGACAAUGUUUUUGCAGAAUGACAAUGUUUUUAGCUGCAGAUUUGAAAAUCCACACCUAUAAUAUUAACCCCAAGCCAUGCUGUAUAAGUCCUUCACCCUGCUACAUUAAAAAUGCUGCUUCCAGAGCAAUACCCUACAAAUACCCUGACACUGUGCUGUAUAAUGAACCCAAGACAUGGUGCAUUAAAAGUGGCACUGUCAAAAAUAAUACAGUUAUCGACAUAUUCUUUCUCUCUUAUGGUGCAUGUCCUAUUGUCUACACAGAAUAUGGAUCAGAAGAUGUUGAAUGUGUGGCUCCCAUAAGUGCAAACAAUGACAUAUUGAAAAGGAUUUUUAAACAACAAAAGGUUGCAAUUUGUUUUGCAAUAACAAAAAGAUUUCCAUUUUUGCAUGGGUUGCAAGAUGUAGGUUUUCUAUCUGAACUUGAAUUACUGGUGAGUAAUGUUAUUAUUUAUAUUUAUAUUUUGUUUAAUGUCUUUCCAAAGAUUGAUUUCUAACUCAUAUAUACAUAUACUCAGGGCCAGACUGGGGAAAAAAUUAAUCCCGGACAUUUUUAAAUCACAGCGGCCCACUGAGAAGGCCCUGUAUUUGUUCUAUGUAGCUCAAGCAAAAUUAUUAACAUGCUUGCGCUGUGUUUGCUUAAAACAAGCCUCUGGUGUCUCCAUAAAGCGUAUUGUACAUGUGUUUAGAGCCUGUUUGUGGGAUUGAGUGUGUGUAGAGUUAGUACAUUGUGGUGUGGUGUUUUCUGCAAGUGUCGAUUUCAAUUGUGUUGUGUUUGUGGUGUAAUAUGUAUGGCUAGGGGCUGUAGAGAAUGUGAGUAUAGGUGAUGUAGCGAGUGUUUGCAUAGGGGCUGUAGGUUUGUAGGUGUGUAGAGGAUCCAUAAUUAUGAACGGGAUCUAGAGUGUGUGUAUAAGGGAUGUAGUUUGUGUGUCUAGAAUGUAAUGUGUGUAGGGAUGCACUGUGUGUGUGAAGGGUACACUGUGUGUAAGGGGUGCAGGGUGUGCGCUGUGUGUGUAAAGGGUGCAGUGUGUGUAAAGGGUGCAGUGUGUGUACGGGGUGCAGUGUGUGUACAGGGUGCAUUGUGUGUGUUUGGGGGGUGCACUAUGUGUGUGAAGGGUGCAUGGUGUGUGAAGGGUGUGUGUUUGAGGGGUGCUGUGUGUGUGAGAGAUGCUGCAUGGUGUUUGGGGUGCAGUGUGUGUGUAAGGAGUGCAGUGUGUGCGUGUGAGGGAUGCUGUGUGUGUGUGUGUGUGUGAGGGGUGCUGUGUGGUGCUUGGGGUGCAAUGUGUGUGUGAUUGGAGUGCUCUGUGGUGUUUAGGGUGCAGUGUGUGUGUGUGUGUGUGUGAGAGGGUUGUAGUGUGAUGUUUGGGGUGCAGUGUGUGUGAGGGGUGUAUUGUGAUGUUUGGGGUGUAGUGUGUGCAUGUGAGGGGUGCAGUGUGGUGUUUGGGGUGCAGUGUGUGUGUGUGAGGGAUGUUGUGUGUGUGUGAGGGGUGCUGUGUGGUGCUUGGGGUACAAUCUGUGUGUGUAUGUGUGUAUUUGGGGUGCUCUGUGGUGUUUGGGGUGCAGUGUGUGUGUGUGUGAGGGUUGUAGUGUGAUGUUUGGGAUGCAGUGUGUGUGAGGGGUGUAGUGUGAUGUUUUUGGUGUAGAAUGUGCAUGUGAGGGGUGCAGUGUUGUGUUUUGGGUGUAGUGUGAUGUUUGGAGUGCUGUGGGGUAAAAAUACAAAAUAUAUAUGUGUAUUUUUUUUAUUUUUUUUAUUAUAUUUACCCCCUCCCUUCUUACCUUUGCCUGGUAGAGGAGACCUUGUUGCCAGCCCUAAUGGUCUGGUGGGAAAUCCUUGGCGGUCCGGUGAGGAGUGAACUCUACCCUGUAGUUCACUUUGGCGAGACCGGAGCGUUGUCAUAGUAACUGCUGCAACGCUCCGACCUCGCGAGAGGAACCUAUCAGAGCUGCAGGAUAGAGCUCCACCGGGUCCUCUCUCCCUCUCUUCCCCGUCUGCAUCUCAGUGCCUGUGGGCUUGGGGGAAAUAGUUUGUCUCCCCAUCCGCCCAUGAAGGCACACAGCAGGGCCGGCGCUCUGAUAGCGCUGGCUCUGCAUGUGCCAGCAGGGGAGAUGCUCUGAUCUCCCCUGCCAGCUUCGGCCCAUGGCCAUCGCGGCCCACCGGGCAUUUGCCCGGUAUGCCCGAUGGCCAGUCCGGGACUGCAUAUACUCAUUUAAUUUUUUUUAAUACUUGUUUCCUAAAGGAAUGUAACAGCAAUACUUAAGAUUUUAUUUAUGUGCACAAUUAGUGAAACUAUACAAUACAACAUCCAUAAAAUGCACCCCUUCCAUCAGUCACUUACUGAAGCAGUAUAUCAGUUGCAAUAACCAAAUCUAUACAAACAAAGAUAUGAACUAACAGAAGCAGUUUUAAAACUGCCUUUUGCAUCCAAGAUCCUUGAAAGAAUUGUGUAUACGAGAUUGACAGACUUCCUCGAAUCCACCUCUCUGCUAGACCCGCUUCAGUCUGGUUUCUGCGCUAAGCACUCUGUGGAAACGGCACUGACCAAAGUAUCCAAUGAUCUACUCGCUGCAAAAUCUCUCUAUCCUAAUUCUCCUUGACCUGUAUGCGGCUUUUGACACUGUUGAUCAUCCACAACUUCUUCUCAUCCUCCGCAAUAUCGGUCUACAAGAUAUUGCUCUCUCCUGGUGCUCCUCCUACCUCUCCCAGUGCUUUUUCAGUGUUUCUUUCUCUGGCUCUGCUUCUUCUCCCCAACUCCUCUCUGUUGGUGUCCCCCAAGGUUCAGUCCUUGGUCCCCUACUGUUCUCCAUCUAUCCUGCCUCCCUUGGUAAACUCAUUAGCUCCUUUGACUUUCAAUAUAAUUUCUAUGCAGAUGACACGCAAAUCUACCUGUCCUCAUCUGAUCUCUCCCCGUCCCUCUUGACUAGUGUCUCUGACUGCCUCUCUGCUAUUUCUAACUGGAUGGCUGCCCACUUCCUUAAAUUAAACUUGACCAAAACUGAAAUUCUGGUCUUUUCCUCCUCUGGUGUUGUUACUCCUGUGUCUGUCUCCCUCCAAGUCAACGGUGCUACCAUCAGCUCCACCAUGCAGGCUCGCUGCCUAGGUGUUCUCUUUGACUCCGACCUCUCCUUCAAGCCUCAUGUUCAGUUUAUCGCUAAAUCCUGUCAUUUCCAUCUCAAAAACAUUGCGCCAGAUGCGACUAAGGUGCUGGUCCAUUCCACUGUCCUUUCUCGCCUUGACUACUGUAAUCCGCUUCUCAGUGGUCUUACGUGCUUACGUGUCUCAUUGACAGCCGCUAGAGGCGUUUGCGUGCUUCACACUGGGAAAAAUCACAGUGAGAAGACGCCAGCGUCCAUAGGAAAGCAUUGUAAAUGCUUUCCUAUGAGACUGGCUGAAUGCGCGCGCCGCUCAUGCCGCGCGUGCGCAUUCAGCCGAUGACGUCACUAGGAAGGAGGAGAGGAGGAGGAAAGCUCCCCGCCCGGCGCUGGAGAAAGGUAAGAUUUUAACCCCUUCCUCUCCCCAGAGCCCGGCGGGAGGGGGACCCUGAGGGUGGGGGCACACAAGUAUGUUUUCCUGGCACUAUAGUGGUCCUUUAACAACAAAACGUGUGUCAGCAUUGCAUAUCCAAACACACCAAAUGACAAAUUCCAUUUAAAUACCAGUAAGGCAUCAUGCACUGUAAUCCUCUAUGAAUGAAUGUGGUUCUCAUUAAUUUGAUAAUAAUUUUGGAGUUUAUGGUACGGCUCAUCCAGGGACUCCAGCUCUCAUAACAACUUAAUUGAGAUGAAGGUGUUUUAAGGAAAGAAAGUUCCUUUAAUGCUGAAACCAGACUGCUCUGGUAUAUAAUAUCAAUUACCCAUAUAUGAUUUUUAUCUAAAACCAAACUUGAUAUGAUGUUGACAAACGAUGAGCUAAUAAUGUACCACAUACACCAUUCAUAAACCAUAUGCACUAUUCAAAGACAGCAGGAUCCCAAAAAGAUGUAAUUUACAAUGGAACAACUAGAAAAGAGGCACAUACAUAGAUAGAAACCAUACAUAGACAUUCUUAGUAUUGUAUUUUAUUAUGCAAAAAUCUGAGAGAAGUGAUUUAUCUGUAUAAAUUAACAACGGUUUCUGUUUUAUAGAAGCUGCAAGCUGAUGAGAGAUCCACUCAACGUGUGGUGUAUGAAAGUCUGUGCUGGAUCGAGGAGAAGGAGAAAGGAAGCUUUAAAGUCUUCUUUGUUUACAUAUUUCAGAAAUGCUUCUUGAACUUCUAUUGCAAACUAAAUAUCAUCUCACAACGUAAGUUGCAUUAUUCUCUCUUUCAUUAAGAUGGAAACAACAAGAAUUCUGCUGACCAACUUUUCAAUCUAAGAUGAUCAACCUUGUUUUGAGUUAGGUUCUCAGAGAUACCUUUUACAAAAAAAGUGAAUACAAUCGUUUCCAUUAAUCACUAGCAGUGGUGGAUGAAGUUUUAAGAUAGGGAUCCAUCCUUUGCCACCAAUUGCAACUUGUUUUUGUUUAGAAUGUCAUGAUCACUGUCUCAUCUCGCACUGUUAAACACCUCCAGGACAUCAUAGAUACUCAUUUAUAGGGUAAUUCACUAAAGAUCUGAUUUUGGUGAAAAUUACCGAAUUCGUAUUGCACUAGCAGUUCUCAUAUUUACUAAAGCUAAGUACGGUUGGAAUCCGGUUGGCCUAAUCAAACCUACAGAAAUCAACCGGAUGCAGUUGGUGUUCAGAUUAAUAUUGGUGCUUUUGCAUCCGAAUUCUAUACACCAGGGGUGCCCAAAAGGUAAAUCCCCAGAUGUUGUGAAACUACAACUCCUUUGAUGCUUUGCAUACCUUUGGAAUGUUUUUAGAAUGACAAAGCAUCAUGGAAUGUGUCGUUUUAAAAAUCUCAGGAUCAACCUUUUGGGCACCCCUGCUAUACAAAGUAUAGGAUUCGGAGGAUUCACAAAACACUGAUUUUAAACCAAACACCAAAUUAUUGUUAACUUGCUAUCAUGGCAGCAAAUGACCAUUUUAAGUACUACAGGGAGUGCAGAAUUAUUAGGCAAGUUGUAUUUUUGAGGAUUAAUUUUAUUAUUGAACAACAACCAUGUUCUCAAUGAACCCAAAAAACUCAUUAAUAUCAAAGCUGAAUAUUUUUGGAAGUAGUUUUUAGUUUGUUUUUAGUUAUAGCUAUGUUAGGGGGAUAUCUGUGUGUGCAGGUGACUAUUACUGUGCAUAAUUAUUAGGCAACUUAACAAAAAACAAAUAUAUACCCAUUUCAAUUAUUUAUUAUUACCAGUGAAACCAAUAUAACAUCUCAACAUUCACAAAUACACAUUUCUGACAUUCAAAAACAAAACAAAAACAAAUCAGUGACCAAUAUAGCCACCUUUCUUUGCAAGGACACUCAAAAGCCUGCCAUCCAUGGAUUCUGUCAGUGUUUUGAUCUGUUCACCAUCAACAUUGCGUGCAGCAGCAACCACAGCCUCCCAGACACUGUUCAGAGAGGUGUACUGUUUUCCCUCCUUGUAAAUCUCACAUUUGAUGAUGGACCACAGGUUCUCAAUGGGGUUCAGAUCAGGUGAACAAGGAGGCCAUGUCAUUAGAUUUUCUUCUUUUAUACCCUUUCUUGCCAGCCACGCUGUGGAGUACUUGGACGCGUGUGAUGGAGCAUUGUCCUGCAUGAAAAUCAUGUUUUUCUUGAAGGAUGCAGACUUCUUCCUGUACCACUGCUUGAAGAAGGUGUCUUCCAGGAACUGGCAGUAGGACUGGGAGUUGAGCUUGACUCCAUCCUCAACCCGAAAAGGCCCCACAAGCUCAUCUUUGAUGAUACCAGCCCAAACCAGUACUCCACCUCCACCUUGCUGGCAUCUGAGUCGGACUGGAGCUCUCUGCCCUUUACCAAUCCAGCCACGGGCCCAUCCAUCUGGCCCAUCAAGACUCACUCUCAUUUCAUCAGUCCAUAAAACCUUAGAAAAAUCAGUCUUGAGAUAUUUCUUGGCCCAGUCUUGACGCUUCAGCUUGUGUGUCUUGUUCAGUGGUGGUCGUCUUUCAGCCUUUCUUACCUUGGCCAUGUCUCUGAGUAUUGCACAUCUUGUGCUUUUGGGCACUCCAGUGAUGUUGCAGCUCUGAAAUAUGGCCAAACUGGUGGCAAGUGGCAUCGUGGCAGCUACACGCUUGACUUUUCUCAGUUCAUGGGCAGUUAUUUUGCGCCUUGGUUUUUCCACACGCUUCUUGCGACCCUGUUGACUAUUUUGAAUGAAACGCUUGAUUGUUCGAUGAUCACGCUUCAGAAGCUUUGCAAUUUUAAGAGUGCUGCAUCCCUCUGCAUGAUAUCUCACUAUUUUUGACUUUUCUGAGCCUGUCAAGUCCUUCUUUUGACCCAUUUUGCCAAAGGAAAGGAAGUUGCCUAAUAAUUAUGCACACCUGAUAUAGGGUGUUGAUGUCAUUAGACCACACCCCUUCUCAUUACAGAGAUGCACAUCACCUAAUAUGCUUAAUUGGUAGUAGGCUUUCGAGCCUAUACAGCUUGGAGUAAGACAACAUGCAUAAAGAGGAUGAUGUGGUCAAAAUACUCAUUUGCCUAAUAAUUCUGCACUCCCUGUAUUUACCUGUGAAAUACUAGGGGUGGGUCGACCCAUGUCCCAAACUUUGGACAACAAGUGGGAGACUUUUUAAAAGGGUACUAGAAAGUUGGAUACAUCACUGUCCACUCCACUUUAUCCCGCCCGUGGCUGUCAGGUGGGGGCUAUUUGAUCAAAUAAACAGGAGAAGUGGGGGGUCAAUAAAUUACCCUACUUAUCCCCCCUCAACCUAAUGGGGAAUUAUAAAGCUAAUACGUGUAAAAAUCAUACUCACCCUUUAGAUGUCGUCUUUUUUUGAAAACUUCUUAUCUUCAGCCACAAAAUAGGCCACAAAAAAUUCCAGAAAUCUUGACUAAUUAGUAAUGAAAACAAAAAACCCUCUGAUUUGCAAAAAAAAGGGUAAAAAAAAUAAAUAAAUAAAAAACACGCCGCAAUAAAAUGAAUCCUUGUUCAUUUAUUAUUAUUAUUAUUAUUAUUAAUAAAGCGCCAACAAAUUCCGCAGUGCUGUACAAUGGGUGGACUAACAGACACAUAUUUGUAACCAGACAAGUUGGACACACAGGAACAGAGGGAUUGAGGGCUCUGCUCAAUGAGCUUACAUGCUAGAGGGAGUGGUUAAUAGUGACACCAAAGAUAAGGGUAAGGCAAAAGGCUCAGUGCAGACUAAACUCUGAUAGUGUUGGACAUCCUAUAUUAGCCUUAUUUUUUGUAUAUGCUCCUCUUUUUGUGCUUUUUUUUAUAUUACGUGACUUGAUUAUGUACAGGUACUUAUAUUGAUUAAUACACAGUUUUCUGAUAAACUAUUUGUAUAGGGCCAGAGUGCUGGACUUCAUAUGUAACAUUUUCUUUUAUUUUUAUUACAUGUAAUAAAUAUUAUUUUUGCAUUUGGUUUGCAUUGGAAUGUUGUAUACCAUUUUCUGGCAUCACAGGUAAAGGGAUUAAAUUAUGUCCCCUGAUCUUAAUCCAGCUUCCGUUUGCGACAAUCUGGCCAGGUGUGAACAAUAUUUGCAUGUGGACAGUUCUCUACCUCCCCAGAUCUGCCAGCGUCAAGCUUUUUUUUGGUUUGCUAAGCAUAGACCUUUUGGCCUUUUGAAAUGCAAAUCAACAGAUAGACGUCAGGGACAACCUUUCUGAUAAAAGUCAUAUCCAAAAUAAAACAUUAUUUCAGAGAUGAAACAUUGUGCCUCCUGAUAUAUACUGUAUAUUUAAAAUUCUGAUGGUAUUCCAUGAAAAAGGAGUCAAUGUAUGACCAGCAUACCUUUUGUCGUUUGGGGGAAUUGAGAAAAUCAGUCACAGAUAGGUCUUGUGAGGCGUACUUAGUAUGAAGGAGUUCUGACAGUUCCACAUAUGAAAUGUACCAGGUGUACAAUAAGAGAUAGUGACCUUUCCCUAAAUUUACUUAUAUAAAUUGUGUCCAAAUUUGCAAAAUGUGAGGUGUCAUCAAACUUGGAUCUCUGUAGUAACACUAACCCUUUCACAUUGUCCCUACUUUGGGUCAAAUUUAGAAACACAGUGGAUAUAUAAUCUGAUUGUGACAAUACGGCACUGGCGUCUCUGCUACUGAAAGAGCAAAAGUUCAGGCACGCUACUGUCCGUGAUUUGCUUUACAUUAGUCUGUACUUUCCCAACUAGCAAACACAGAGGCUCACCUAGUUGGCGAUUCACUUGGAAGUGAUAUGGUCCUGGCUUCUCUUUUACUAGAGGUGUAACAGUUUGGACCUUGUAUCACCUGUGGGAACUUUCACUAACCUGCCUGGCGAACUUCUACUCUGAGCGCUAGGACUCUACUACUUGAGUCCCUAAUCCCCCGGCAAAGCAGGAUACACUGCAGAGUUGCUCUGGGUAUUACAGGAUAUUCUAUAUAACUAAAAACUACUAGAGAUUCUUCUAUGAGCGAUCGCACUAUAGCACACUGUAGAUAGGUACAACACAGAAAGAGACAAGGCAGCUUCUUCUUGAUGUAAAAGUGAACUCCAAUGAACUGGUUUAUUGUAUGAGCACACAACUUUUCUACAUUUACAGGCAUGAUACACUUGCUUGCAUAAUAUAGAGAGGAGUAUGCAGAUACAAUAAUUAUAGUGUGGAAAUGGUCAGAGGCAGGACUUGCAAUACCAUGGGUUUACUUGACACUAAUGACUUAGUCAGAACUUCCAUUGUGCUGGCUAAACAUCCUACAAUGGCUUGCUAGGUACUUUUCCUAAUCCCAUCAGACAUUCUUGCAGCUAGCUUAAGUUAUUUGAGACCAAGAGUAUACAUGCACUAUUAUUAUUAUUGGUAUUUACAUAGCGCCAACGUAUUCCGCAGCACUUUACAAUAACUAGCAUAGCUGUUCCAUUUCCCUCCUACAUGUUACAGUAAUGUAGAACACGAGACUACAAUGUAACACUGUCCUAAGCACAUGACACAUCUGUCCUGCUUCUGCGAGCCUGCGUAGUAUAUACACUCUAGUUCUUCGCCUGCUUGCAUUCCAUCGGUAGUGAUGGUUGCAAUAUGGCGCUGUGAGUUCUCGAAGGGAUAAAGGGAAAUAGGGCAAAUAGUUAUUCAUCACACCGAUGACUUUAAUAUUUACUAGGGGCCAAAAUCUAAGUUUAAAGGGACACGAUUGUAACCAGAACAACUAUAGCUUAAUGUUCUGGUGAGUAUAAUCAUUGCCUUCAGGUAUUUUAAUGCAAGCACUGCCUUUUCAGGGAAAAAGGCAGUGUUUACAUUGCCCCUAGGGACACCUCCAUACGGCCACUCCUCAGAUUGCUACUGAAGUUGCUUCCGGGCUCAGUGCUGCACAGUAGGCAGCAGUGCCAUUCAGUGUCUCUACGCACUGCAUGGGGACACUGAAUUUUCCUCAUAGAGAUGCAUUGAUUCAAUGCAUCUCUAUGAGGAGGUGCUGAUUGGCCAAAACGGUGUUUGGCCCCGCUUUCUGGCCGAUUUUAGCCAAUCCAAUGCUUUCCCAUGGCUUUAAAUCUAAAUUCUGAUCAUGUCACCAAGAGGACAGGGCCAGUGCCGGCAGACUCGCGCGGCACUGGAAAUAAAGUAAGUUUUCAUUUCUUUUAAUGGGGCUAAGUGGGGGGAAAGCCACUUAAAUGAUGGGUUUAGCACUAUAGGGUCAGGAAUACAUGUUUGUGUUCCUCACCCUAUAGUGUUCCUUUAAUUAAAGUAAAUUGCUAUUUUACAGAAGAUGCUAGCAAAGUGAUUUAAAUAGAAUUUCCUGUUACUUUUUAUCUGUUUGUCAUUGUAAUACAUUUCUUUACCUUCAAUUUUUUAAUGUGUAUUCUCUGUGACAAUUUUUAAUUAAACUCGUGGCAAAUAGGUGGGAUAGCUAAAAUAAUUUUCCUUUUAUUUCUUAUUAGAUAAAAGUGUUGCUAGAGACACUACUGUGUGAACCAGGCACUGAAAGAAAUAGUUUCUCAAUUUCCAAGGGCUGUACACCUCAAGCAGUCCCCUUUCUGUGAUUUUCUGUGCUAUCAUUUUUGUUUUGGCUGGUGUGCAAAUAGAGUACCAAGAAAAGUGCAAGGGAGCGCUUGACCAGCUUUGACUGGAGUGAUCGAUUUCAUGCCAGUGGAAAAUGAAAUUGUAGGUAAUGCAAGCUCUUGUGGUCUAUGACAUGCAACAAACAGGGCAGAGUCAUGAUUCAAACACAGCUAAAGGAGUGUUAACCGCAAAGCGGAUACCUGCAGAUAGAAUGAGACGAUGCAGAGUGCCAGGCUGACAGAGAAAACAAACUAGCACUGGCCACAAUUGAGAGAUCCCCUACUUCACCUGCCAGUACUGAUUCCAGAGACUCAUCUGCACUUAGACUACAUGGAGUAGAGAAUCCCCCUACUAUGGAUAAAGAUGAAUGUUUUGAUGUGUUUCUAUGCAGAUUAGAAAAAACUUGCAGGCAAUAGCAGAUGUCAGUGGACACGUAUCUCAUUCCUGAUCUGAGAGUGCUUGCAUUACAUGAUGUUCUGUUAAGGGAAAUAUUAGAAAGUAAGACCUUUCAAGUGGAGACAGACCACUUAUUAAAUCAUUGUGCCAUGCACCUUGGAGGACUAAAUCCUUAAGAGAAAAGGUACAAUAACUACUUUGAUGAAGAAAUACCACUGUAAUCAUUACCCACGUAUAAGUAUUUCCCACUUUCCUUUUACAGAAAUCAAGACGCAAGCUGACCCUGUAAAUAUAUGUCCUAUCAGUACUGAAGAACUAAAGCUAAUUUUGAAGAGAGAGAAAACUCACAUUUCAGAUGCCAUAAAUCUAUCUUUUCCAUUCAUGAAUGGCCUGCAAGACAGAGGUAUUCUAUCUGAACUGGAAUUAUUGGUAUGUACCUUUAACUCUUAUUCAGCUCAUAUUUAUUACCAACUGCAUUGUAAUGGUCAGUUCUACACAGUUCCCUAAUCAGUUAAUAGGCCAAAAGCAAUUAAAAUUAAAAAGGUGCCAAAAUGAACCUGUUCCUGAGAGUACUUUGCUUGCCAUUAAGAGGAAGUAAGAUCACUCAACUUUCUACAGCAGUGCUCUUCAAACCAGUUCUUCUAAGACUAAUGUUAGUACAGAACAUAUGCAGGAUUAUUUCUUUAAGUCCGAAUGGCCCUAUAGACCCAAUGGAACAAAAACAUUUGCUGUUGUACGGGGCCAUUUGGACUGUAAAAUCUAGACAUUGUUUGUGGACUUUAACAAUGUCUGAAUUUUCCAAUUCAUUCCUCAAACAUUGCUGCUCAGUCGCUAGACUGAAAUAUCAAUACCCAUUUUCCUACCCAUGGUCAAUGGAGGGGGGAGCUAAUAUUACCAAUGAAGGGGGGGUACCUAUUGUCCAUUCAUACUUCCAACCCAUGGCUGGUACCCAAUUCAUUAUAAAAUAGGGGGGCGGACAUGCCACCCCUUCCAAAUAAUAUAUCCCCCACUUGAGUGGCUACUAGUCUCCUUUCCCCUAGCCACUCCCCUAAAAUAAAUUAAAGUCCCUACUUACUCCCUCACCUUAAUAAUAGUGCAGAGAGUGUCAAUGAAUCUAAAACUUGUAAAAAAAAAUAAAAAAUUUAAAUUCCUACCAUCACAAGUCUUUUUUCUUACCAUCAAAAUCUGGUCAAAUGGCCAAAAUCCGGUGAACAUUGCCAAAGUGGGCAAACCGUUAAUAAUCUUCAGUGGUGCAAGGGAUAAUUAAGUGGCGGCUGGCAAGCACUUGCUCGACAGUCACUACAUUAAAAUGGUAAAAACAAAUUACAUAAUUAAUGAAAUAAAGAUUUUAUUGGGUUUAAUUUGAAAAUAAUUAUCCAGUGGUAUUAGUUAUAAAACCUCUAGGUAUAUAUUAUAAUUUUUAUGUAGUAGAUGCAUUGUUUGGGUAAGUACUUCACUUAUUUUGCUUCCUGAAUGUUUGAUACAUUGAUAAAGAUAUUGAAGCUGGAAGACCAUGUAGCUUGGCCUAAUUUUUCUCUUUUUCACCAAGUUAUUUCUGUUUCAUUUACAGAAUAUUCAAGCUGAGGAAAGGACUGUUAGGAAAGUUGUGCAUAAAACUCUGUGCUUGAUUGAAGCAGAGAGGACACACCUGUUACAAGAUUUCUUUGGCUACCUGUCUCAAGACAUGUACCUAAAAAUGUUUCCCAAACUUAAAGAAAUUGUAGAAAGAAUCUUGCAAAGUAAGUAUCUUAAAAAGUGAGUCCAACUGCUACUUAUUACUUAAGCAUUUCAAGACCUUUAGCUCUAACUACUAUGACUUCAUACAAAUAGGAAAUGCUUUGAGCUUUGGAAGUUGUCUCUGAAACCUUACCUUUUUUAUUCCCUCUCAUUUUUAUUAUUUAAUUUUUCAUCUGCAUUUAUAUGAUGUAUUCAGCUAUCUAGGAGCUAUGAAUCGCCUCCUAAAUUAUUAGAAGAAUUCAGUUUUAUCCCAUUCCUAAUAAAUAAAACUAAUAAAAAAUGAAAAAAAAUACCUGAAUCUCAAAAACCAGAUUGGAAAUACUAAAUCAGCAACAAACCCCCCCCAAAAACGACCCUCCCUUGUUGCUUGAAAAAUUCUGGCAUUUGCCCUGCUGUCACUUAGACAAUAUAUAUAUAUAUAUGAAUUUUAACCCCCCCCCACCCUUCUGACAGCAAUAUUCUUGCCCUAUAGUGGUUAGUUUAUGUUGCAUCGCAUAAUGUCUAUUAUUGUGCUUUAUGGUAUUUGAUACUUCCUCGUGUCUCAGAUUUUCUGUAAUCUAAGCCUAGGUUCUUUAUUUGCUGUUUUCUUGCAGGAGUAAUAUUCUGAUUCUCAUGGAGGUGAAGUGGUCUGGAUGACUAUAGUGUUCCUUUAAGUGCUGUGUGUUAGGUUCAGAACAUAAUCCUGGCAACAUUUUAUAGACACAUUUUUCUCAUCAAUAUAUUGGAAAGUCAACUUUGUUCAUUUAGGAAAUAGGUUUGACACACACCAGUGGGACAUGCCCUAAGGCUAUAGGAAAUAGGGUAGGCAUACAUAAUAGUUCAACCAUGUCCUCAAUCUGCGAUAACCAAACUCCCCAGAUUAAAUAAAUCAAAAAGGACUGGGCACAGGUAUUCAGGACAAAAGGACAGGACCAAGGUUCAGGGCAAGUUUAUUGGAUAGGAUUGAGCAAUCCUGUGUGAGACUUUAUCAAACUAACAAAGUGAAUAAUAACAGAAUUUAUUGUGCCAGCAAUGAACAUACUUAAAAACAUACUUACAAUUAGCAGUGCAGUAUGCAGGAACAAUCAAGAACAUACACAAACAAUAUGACAUGCAAAAUCCACUCAUUCACAUAAUGGCCCACUUUGUUAUACAAAUAAAUCAAACAUUUCAAUAAAACAGAUAUGAAAACCUCCAAAAAUAAAAAAUAUAUAAUCCAGUGAUUUAUAUAGUAAUACUCAUAUUUACUAAACAGUGCACAGAGGAGUGGAUUAUUAAAAUAAAAUGACUACUGCUAAUAUAAUAGAAAAUUAUAUUUUAGAAGUAUUAAAAACAAAUAUAUAGAUAGUAUAAAUAUUUAACUAAGAUAAAAGAGGGAGGGUAUGGCAUGCUGAGGAACAAUGUAUUCUCAUUCAUUGAAGUCAUGAAGUCUAAGACACUUAGUGUCAUCCAUGAUGUGCUCCAACAUACAGUAUUUAUCUAAAAGAAUAAUAAUUAAAACAGGUCAAAUUAAAAAGGUCACAUCAUAGUUGUAAUUAAAGGACCACUAUAGUGCCAGGAAAACAUACUCAUUUUCCUGGCACUAUAGGGUCUCUAGGUCCGCCCCCCUACCCUCAGGGCCCCCUCCUGUCAGGUUCUAGGAGGUGGAAGGGGUUAAAACUUACCUGUUUUCCCCCGCCGGGCUCCCUCGUCAUGGGGAACCCUACUCUUCCUUUUCGCCGUCAUCGGCUGAAUGCGCAUGCGCGGCACUUUCAGCCAGUCCAUAGGAAAGCAUUCUAAGUGCCACUAGAGGCUGGAUUAACCCAUAGGUAACAUAUGUUACUUUUUCUGAAACUGAUAUGUUUACAGCAGAAAGGGUUAAUCCUAGAUAGACCUGGCACCCAGACCACUUCAUUAAGCUGAAGUGGUGUGGGUGCCUAUAGUGGUCCUUUAAGAACUUUGUAUGUAACACUGUAUGAAAUCCACAUAACCGCAAUGCUUCUCUUUCCUUUAAUCUGAGUUCCCUAUAAUCUCCCUUAUGUAGCACACUUACGGAUUCUAUAAUUUGAUUCUGUAAAUUGUGAAAUAUUAUACUUACUCAUACAAAGUGUUCUGGGAUGGGAAGAUCGAGCAACUGUGUCUGUAUAGUUGAUCUGUUAUGUAAUUGUUGGUGUAGUUUUUCCCAACAUACGCUAAUCCACAGGCACUUCAAUAUGUAAACAAGAAAAGUAGAACCACAAUAUACAUGCCAAAGCACAAUACAGAUGCAAUUAAACCACAAAGUCCUUAAAAUAAAUGCCGGCUAAUAAUCAACUCAGAUCACACACACAGAAACACUCAAGCACAUAUACAACAACUUAACUCUUUGUUUGUUCGUUUUUUAUUUUUUUCAACAGAUACACCAGGAUAUCGUCUAUCCUGAUCUAAAAAUCCGCCAGGAUAUUUUCUAUCCCGAUCUAAAAAAAUAAGAAAUCCGCCAGGAAAUUUUCUAUCCUGAUCUAAAAUAAUCCGCCAGGAUAUUUUCUAUCCUGAUCUAAAAAAAUAAGAAAUCCGCCAGGAAAUUUUCUAUCCUGAUCGAAAAUAAUCCGCCAGGAUAUUUUCUAUCCUGAUCUAAAAAAAUAAGAAAUCCGCCAGGAAAUUUUCUAUCCUGAUCUAAAAUAAUCUGCCAGGAUAUUGUCUAUAUCAACCCUGAACUCAAAUAAUCAAAAGAAAUCGCUAGACUCUCAACCGAGUCUGUAGCCAAAAACAAACAUAAUGUUAACACAGUAAAGGAGUUUAAGCAUGCAUGGGAUAGGCAUAAGGCUAUCCUAACUAUAAGAUAAGGCUAGGGACUAAUGAAAGUUUUUAGAAAAUUGGGCAGACUAGAUGGGCCGAAUGGUUCUUAUCUGCCGUCACAUUCUAUGUUUCUAUGUUUCUAUGUUAAGCAAGUAGCACAGAGAUUUUCAAGCAGACACUUUCACACAUAAAACUCACACACAGGACAUAGAUAGACAAAUUGACAGGUUCUAUUCAAAUAAAGGGGACAUGUGGGCAUACUCUAUACCUGUCGACGUUAACCACAGGAAGCCGAGUGAAGGCACGGAGAAUAAGCGAAGUCCAAAGAAAGGCAAAUAUAAAUUAAGUAACUCAUUUACCAUAUGCAGAGGUGAUCAGGCUCUUUUUCCAAUCUCUGGAAGACUUUUCUCCGGUCCUGAAUGUUUAUGGCUUCGAACAGAAUAACAACAACCCUCUCGUCCCUGUUCGGAAUUGCGCCAACUGAUUUACAUACCAAAGAAAACUUUGAUUAUUUGUCUAUCUACUCCUUUCUAAAUUGAUUGUGCGCAUGUCUUCUGGAAGUAAAUCACACCGGGCACAUUGCAGGUUUAUGAAGAACUCCAGAUUGGCCUUUAUUCCAGGGGGUGCAAUUCCCUUUUAAAGCAGAAAUACGUCAUGUACAGAGUCACAGUUAACAUACAGUAUACAUUCAACAAUUGGUUAACAGUCUAAGGGGUCUUGUCUAAACCCCCCCUACAGGAUGUAGUGUCGUCAUUACAGACUUCUCCCACCCAUAUUUCGGCUCCAUCUUGGUUACACGAUGGGAGUGGGGGAAGUGAGUAGUAGUUACUUUAACAGUGAUUCUCUAUUUUGUUACAUGUGACACAUAGCUGUUACUUUGCACAAAGGAAGUGGGGGAGGAGUUUAAUAAAGGAAGAUGUUCUUUUAACACAGGAAUUUGUUACAUGAGGCUUGCUCGAUGGGAAGGGGGGAGGCUAGCAGGAUGGGAGGAAUUUGAAGAGAAAAUAGUAACUGAACGCAUUGUAGGGGGGAAGGGAAUAUUUACUCUAGCAGCCAGUUUUAACAUAGUGAACACAGAAUAAAUAGACAUUAGUAAAUAGCCAUUUUAUUUUAAUUCUUCUGUCCAUAACAACACAAGCCUUAACUUUGUAUUUCUACCCAGAAUUUGGAUGGUAAAAAUAAUUUCCCUUUAAUCCUGGCAUUGCACAAAUGCUAGAGGACUGGCUCACAUAAUGAAAAACAAACUUUUUAUUGGACUGUUUGGAGGUCCUGAUACCAGGAUAAAGCACACUCAAGAAAAAGGUCAUCAGCACUUUUUUGUUUCAAUAAGUUAAUGCCUCUAACAUGAAAUCUAUCCAACAGUUCACUUUAUUGUGAUGGUAACUGUGAAAGUUCAGAGAUGAGUCUCUUAACUCUGAGCAUCUGGCUUUUUGGGAAUGCUUUAAUCAUAAAAGUUGGAUGGAAAAUAUCAAAGUGGUUUUCAGGGGCGUACCUAGAGCAUUUGGCACCUGGGGCGGAUCCUAAAUUUGUCACCCCCCAACUUUAAAAUGUAAGAAAAAAAAAACGCAAACUGUUUUUAAUGUAUUUAGCAAUGAGCAGUGCUUGUGUGUUUGAAUGUAAGCAUGUUUUUAUAUGGAGGAUGUAAGUGAAUGUAGGUGUGUGUUUGUAUGUAGUGUUGGAAUUCGAAUGCAGGAGUGCAUCUGUGUGUAGUGUUUUUUUAAUACAAUGGUGUGUUUAUAUAUAAUACUUUGAUGUGUUUGUAGUGUUGAGGUUUGAAUACAGGGGUGUAUAUUUGUGUAAUGUUGGCAAGAUGUAUGCACAUACACACACAUACACUCACUGAUACACUGACAGACAGAUACACAGACACACACUAACACACAUGAAGAUACACAGACACACACACACAUAUACAUACUCACACAUGCAUAUACACAGACACAUAGGUACAUACAUGCAGAUACAUAGACACACAGUCACACACAGAUACUGACACACAUGCAGAUACACAGGCACACACUGACACAAAUACACAGAUACAAACACACGUGCAGAUACAAACAGAUACACAGGUACACACAUGCAGAUACAUAGACACACAGUCACACACAGAUACUGACACAUGCAAAUGCACAGACACACACUGACACAAAUACACAGAUACAAACACACAUGCAGAUACAGACACACAGGUACACACAUGCAAAUACACAGACAAACAGUCGCACAUAGAUACACAGAUACAAACACACAUACAGGUACAAACACUGACACUCAAACAAAUACAGACUUACAGAUACACAGAUGCAAACACUCACAGAUACACAUGCAGAUACACAGGUACACAGUGUGUGUGUUUUUAUAGUGGAUGCACUGUGUGUAAUGGAUGCUGUGUCUGUGUGUAGUGCAUGUAAUGUGCGUGCUUGUGUAGUGCAUGUAAUGUGCGUGUAUGUGUAGUGUGCGUGUUUGUGUAGUGCAUGUAGUGUGCGUUUUUGUGUAGCCGAUGCAGUGUGUAUGUAUAGGGGAUGUAGUGCAUGUUUGUGUAGUGUAUGUAGUGUGAGUGUUUGUGUAAUGUGCGUGUUUGUGAAGUGCAUGUAGUGUGCGUGUUUGUGAAGUGCAUAUCGUGUGCAAUAUUACAGGUUGCACUCACAAACGUAUAUUGAUAGUAGGCGUAUCUCAAUAGUACAAGAUGAAAUGAGGUCCCCAACACGAGAGCAUGGGCAUGUAGGAGAAGAGUAAAAGAAACAAAAUAAGUGCAGAUGGUAAAUGCUUUUAUCAUGCACUGUAAUAAAUUACACUUACAAAAUUGUAAUGGUAUAUAGGCAUUUUACAAGGUGUAUUCCACCGCCAUCCUCUAUCCAAUGGUAGAAAUAAGGAGAUAAGGAAUGUAAGGGAUACUACUUGAAGUAUUAAAACUAUUUAUUAGUACAGGAAUAAAAAUUAACAUAACAAACACAAAAAUAAAAUGUAAACAAUCUCACUACAGUGGCCCAACCCUACGCAUUUCGUCCGUUUCCAACCGGACUUCCUCAGGGGUAAUAACUUCAAAAGUUUUGUAAGUGUAAUUUAUUACAGCGCAGGAUAAAAGCAUUUAGCAUCUGCACUUAUUUUGUUACUUUUACUCUUCUCCUACAUGCCCAUGCUCUCGUGUUGGGGACCUCAUAUCAUCUUGUACUAUUGAGAUACGCCUACUAUCAAUAUACGUUUGUGAGUGCAACCUGUAAUAUUGAUUUAUUAAGGUAUAUUGAUUUUAAUACUCUGAGUUUUUAUUUCUUUCCUGUAUAUUUUGUUUUUUAUAUAAAAAACAUCAAACUUGCAAAUUUAUUUUUCACAAUUUAUUAGACCUUCUCUAUGUUCAAUGGAAGUAUAAAGACUGGUCACAUUAAUUGUGACAAGAAUUUCAUUACUAGUUAGAGUAAACUCACAGAAUUUACAUAAAACAUCAGUAGAAUCUUUCACAUAGAAUUUAAUGGUUGAAAGGCUAGUUCUAAGCAAUUUAUCUAAAUAUCUGGCCAAAGUGGAGAACAAAAAAAUUAACACCUGCCACAAUAGUUCUUCUCAGAGGGGUGACCAAACAUGUGUCAAUAGCAAAUCAGUGUAUUAAACUGUUGGAAAUCAAGAAGCCUCAUCAAAUCAUUAUUAAUAAUUUUGACCAGGUAGGCUUCAUUAAGGACAUUAUGUAUUUUCUAUUGAAGUCCUAAAUCAUGUGGUUUCUUAUAUGUAAGGGAGUCAUUAAUUCAGUAUUUCUGAAACAUUAUGGGUAGGAGGGGGUCGCUAUGACCAGAAUUAGUCGACCAUACUAACUCAACAUCUUUCGGUACAAAAGAAAUAAAAGUCUCCAUUCCAUGUUCAUACAAAUUGAGAACAAAGGAACUCUUUUUAGAGAGAUAUCUUUCAGUCUUAAGCAAGCAUUGUCAUCAACAUCAUCACAAGAUAUGUACAGAUUUAUAAAAUUAAACAUCUCAAUUUCAAGUUACAAAAAUCUUUGCAGAUCAAUAUCUAUGUCCGACUGUCUAAUAUAUGUAAUAGGGCAAAAGAACAAACUUUUGGGGAGAACUGAAAUCUCUGACUCACUUAGUGUUGAAGAACAAUGUGAUCCAGGUUUGAAACAACAAUGUGAUCCAGGUGAUCAAGGUACAAAAGGUACCAUGUGCUCAAGGUACAAAAGGUAGAAGGUUUAUUGGAGAAUCAAAACACAAACAGCAAUUUUUCAACUUCCAAUGAGGUCUUUAUCAAGCUAACACCACUAAUAAGCACAGUCAUGAAGGAUGCAUUUUUGAAAGGUGAUCCUCAUUUAACUUAAUAUUGAAAUUAUUGAAAUUGGAAUACUGAAUGAUUACAGGAAAUAUUAGUAUUCUAAUGAUCCACUAGGGUUAUCUAUAUUUAUUCAUAUCUCAGCAAGUAAACCUAUUUUUUCUAAUUUGUAAAUGUACAGAUGAAAUCCCUACACAGAGGUUGGGAAAUAGAAUCAGUAAGAAGCCAGAUAUCAAUGAUUCAGAACAUUUUGAAAAAGUGAAGACCGAUUCAGCCUCAAAUAUAGGUAAGCAGAUUGUCCAUAUUUUGCAGACUGAAUGACCCCGUAGUGCAGCGAAUGGUUUUGCAUUAUUCGGUGUGGGACCCUCUAAAUGUUCCAUUGCAGCCUUCCAAGCUGACAACUCCAUCAAAUCUGUGGCAGCCAUGUAAAAGAGAUGUUAGAACACACAUCUGGCUAGGUUUAUUUAGAAAAUUAAUUUAGAAUGGUUUUUAUCUGCCGUCACAUUCUAUGUUUCUACGUUUCUAUGUUCAGUGGGUACUCUCAAGAUUUUGGGACUGAGAGAAAAUAAAAUCAGAUAUUUGUAAGUUGAAAAAAUUAUAUCUAUAAUUCGAUAAUACAGAGGUUGACAAAAACAGAGAACAUUCCUCACUGCUUUGAGGUAUUCAAAAUGGUUAUUUUAAAAAACAAACAAAAUAAAGAAAAUAAACAAACAACAAUUGCCAAGGCUCAUCUAAAAAGCUAUAGCCACAGCUAACUACUGUAUUCUAACUAUUCUCCAGCCAUGAAGGUUGAAUUUUUGAAAGGCGACGCUAGUUUAAUUUAAUUCAUUAUUGAAAUUAGAAUACUGGAUAUCCUAAUAUUUGGGGUAUCGUUGGAAAUAAUGUUGUUGUCCAAAUUCACUAUUCUUUGAGAUUGGAAUAUUUAUUCAUAUCUUAGCAAGUAAAUUUAUGUUUAUGUUUUGUAUUUCUACAGAUGAACCUCCUGUACUGCAGUUUGAAAAGAGAAUCGGAAAGAAGCCAUAUAUAUAUGAAUCAGAAGAUUUUAGAAAUGUGAAGGCCCGAUUAACCUCAAAUUUUGGUAAGUAGAUUGUCUGUAUUUUGCAAUCUGAAUGUCAGUAUCGCAGAAAAUGGUUUUGCAUCAUUUUGUGCGGGACCAUAUAGACUUUAAUUAAUAACCUUAUAAAUGUUCCACUAUAGCCUUCCAAGCUGACACCUCCAGCACAUCUAUGGAAGCCAUGUAGAUGAGAUAUAAUUAAACACAUCUGGGUAUCUUCAGUGGAUACACUCAAGGUUUUAGGACUAAGAGGAAAUAAAAUCAGAUAUGGGGAAGUUGAUUACUUUAUAUCCAUCAUCAGAUAAUAAAGAGGUUGACAAAAACAGAACAUUCCGCACUGCUUUUAAGAUUUCCAAAUUACUAUUCUCACAUCUAAAAAUGUAACUAUUCUCCAGUCAUGAAGAAUAAAUUUUUGAGGCUAUCCUAAUUUAAGUCUUUUUGAAAUUAAGCUUCUGAAUGAUUACCGUAUUUGGGAUGUUAUUGGAAGUGGUGGUAUUCUCCUGAUCCACUAGGGUUAGCAAAUUAUAUUUAUUCAUAUUUCAGCAAGUAAAUCUAUGCUUUUUGUUUUAUAAAUGUACAGAUGAACCUCCUCCACUGUUGUUGGGAAAUGGAAUCAGUAAAAAGACAGACAUCUAUAAAUCAAAAGAUUUUAGAAAUGCAAAGGCCCAUACAGUCUCAAGUCUUGGUAAGUAGAUUGUCUGGAUUUUACGGUCAGAAUGACCCCGUACUGCAGCAAAUGGUUAUGCGGGGUUUCAUUUUCUUUAGUCGGGUAGCAACUGCCUCUUUGCAUGGACGCGUGCGUUUGCAUGCGGGUGGGUAGCAUCGUCAUUUGUGGCGCCAUUUGUAGGUCUGCUUCGUCGUUCAAGGUGAGCCUCUCAGGUUAGAGCAGGAGGGCAUUGCCACGGGUGAGCACCCAUCUGGGGUCUGUGUACUUGCCUGCUGUUCUCUCCACUCUAGCUUCCUCCAGAAGGCUGUGAAUACAGCAUCCAGCCAUGCGUGGAUGUCAAGCCCCUGAGCUGAGUCACUCUGCCUGGUGGCGGUCUCUGACAUUUUGAGGUCAGUGAGCUUCGCCUGGGGACGUUGCCAGUCAGCUCGGUGGGGCUCUCCUGGGACCGAGAUAACCCCGAUCGGUCAAUGUGGGGGAACGAGGGACCAUGUUCAAGAUUGUAGCCGUUGUGGGCAACAGAGGAGCGGCCGCCUCCACCAUGCCAUCCACAUGUGUAGACCGUGAGUGUCGCAUUGGUGAUUCCUGCAGGGUAGACUGCUUGUUUGGAGCCAAUAUGUGCCCCUUGAUAUCACCUUGUGGUUGGUGGCCCUUUUGUGUUUUUUAAGGGCUGCUUGUGGCUUGUAGCCAGCAAUAAAUGCCUGGAAGAGCAGGAGCAGUACUUUCCUGCGUCCGCUCAGCUCAGCGGUCAGUCCUUGACCUCUGGUGUUGGGAUAUUUAUUCACAUCUCCACACAUAAAUCUGUUUUGUAUGUGGGCAGAUUAAACCCAUACACAUAGGCUGUGAAAUAGAAUCAGUAAGAUAUUUAUGAAACAGAAGAUUUUAGAUAUGUGAAUAACUCUGUAAAUGUUCGAAGCGUUGGACAAUUCCCACAAAUCUAUGGCAGCCAUGUAGGGAAUAUUUAAUUAGCCACGCUUGGGUAUCUUCAGUACACCCACUCUCAGGGAUUUGGGACUGAAAGGAAAUACAAUCAAAUACGGGGAAGAUGUGAAGAUGAUAACCCCCAUCAAGUAAUUUAAAGGUUAAUAAAAACAGAACAUUCUGCAUUGUUUUGAGGGAUUCAGAAUGGUUAAUCUCCCAAAAAUAAAUUGCAAUGGUCCAUCUAAAAAGGUAUAGCCAUUGAUGCUUACUGUAAGUAAAUCAAUUUCUUUCUAUAUUGUAAAUCCACAGGUGAAACUCCUGCACAUAGUUUGGGAAAGAGAAGAAUUAAGAAACCAGAUAUGUAUCAAUCAGAAGAUUUUAGAAUUGCCUAUUCAACUUCAGAUCUAGGUAUGUAGCAUUUCUUUUAACAAGACAGUUGUAAUACAAUGCACAAUUCUAACUCCUAUAACAGGGUAUAAAUAUUAGUGAACUCUCGUCAAUACUGGAAAAUCUAACUUUCACAGAUGGAUACAGUCUAAUUAUCAGUGGAGAGUUAAAUGCUAUUAUCAAAUUGGAAUAUUCUCUCUGAUUCUUGAAAGAGGACAGUCACGGCUACAGGCACCAAUACAAAAAACAAGUCGUGCACUCAAACUCCCACUUCUGGGUCCUACACAAACUAUUCACCUUACUUUCCUGAGUUUCAGGCAAAGAUAUCUCCAAUGAGACAGAGAGGGAUAUUUUUCUAAACCCCUACAUGCUCAUUAACCCUUAGUAGGGAACACAUGAGCUGGGUUGCAGCAUUGUUAAGUGUAACGUGUGAUUCCAAUAAACAAAAAUAAGUCCUGUGCUCAAACUCCCACUACUCCUUGGCAGCAGCAACGACCAUAGCACACAUCAGCCCCAAUACAUGCAGUAAAUUCCAAAGAAAAAAGGUUACCUGUGCUCUUCCCAAACCCCUAUGCAUAUUUAAACAAAUAUGUUUAGUUACUCCUAUGGCCAUGAGAGAUGUCCCACCUGCUACGUCAAGGCAAACCUCUUGGGCCAUGAGAGGGGAUGCCCACCUGAAAACCCUUUAGAUACAGGCACUGAUUAAUUCUGAUGAAGUUGUUAUAGUGCCUGGAGUGAUCCUUUAAAAAAUUUUUACUUUGACAUUGAGUGAAAAAUUAAAUAUCGAGUUGGCCGUACGGGUGCGAGAAGCUGGCAAAAGAAGUUCACGGGCAGAGCAGAGACCAAGAAUAGUUUACUAUCACAUUUGGGAUGUCUGUAAAAAUGGGGGAGUCCUACAAAUUCACUAAUUCCUGGUGUUGUAAAUAUUAUUCAUAUACAUCUGCAUGUAAAUCCAUGUUUCCUAUUUUGUAAUUCUACAGAUGAACCCAUUGCUUGGAGGCUAGGAAAGAGAAAUCGUAAGAAAUCAGAUAUGUAUGAAGCAGAAGAUUUUAGAAAUGGGUCAAAUGAAAGAAAAGAAUGUAAGUCAGAUAUUAAAGGGCUUUUUAUUUGUGAUAUUAAAUACUCUGAAUGUCACAGAGCGCUGGUAAAGUAUCCCUUUUCCCUUUGGAAAAAAUACACUGCAAUUUUUAACCAUGAUAAAUCCACUGAUUAAUGAGCAGUAAAAAUAUGUUUGUAUUAACAGCAGGACAAAAAGUGGAAAAGUUAAUUUUAAUUCUGUCCGUCUGGAGAGAUACUUGACUCACUAACUUGAGAAUGUGUUAUCAGCCCCGAGCUCCCGAAGCCAAACCUGGAAAGCCCCCAGCUAUGUAAAAUAAAGCGGACUAAACUUUUCAGCAAAUAUAUAGUUAUAUAUAAAAGAGACAGUGCAGACCCCCAAAACAUUUUAGCUUGCUAAAGUGCUUUAUGUGUGAAGAGUGUGUCCUUAUUUUUUCAUUUUACAAAAAGUGCAGGUUUCAAUAGAAAUCAUCACUUUUAUAAAUAAAAAGCCUUAUUACAUCACUGGCUGCCAAUCAAAAAACUAUUCCUGUUACUUCCUAGUUUGGUUAGCUCAAUGAAACUAAACUCAAGAGGCAGUAAUUGCUCAGAUCAAAUGCCUUGCAAAGGCUUCUCAUUGAGCUGUACUGGGAAGUCUGUGAUUAGACAGCCACAGAAAUUCCAAGCUGGGUUAGAAGGGUAGGGUUUGCAAUGGUUACAGAAAAUAGAUCUACAGCUUUUGCAAGCUGUUUUACAUAUACCCCAAAUUAAAUUAAAAUCCUAAUUAAAUGCAUGCAUGUUGACAUUAAAGUCCUAAUUUUGGGGUCUUGACCCUUCAUCCCGACUGUCCCCAACAAGCAUAGCUAAGCACAACAUUAGAAGUGCCAUUAGAAUGGCCUAAGAACCCUGAAACAGUGCUCACUGCGUAUUAGAAUAAGUCUGAUAAUUGAGACUCUGAUGUGAUCCAUAUUUAAGUAUGGUUUUACUAGCUACAAGCCGUCAAAGAUAAUAAAGGUUUGCAUGUUGGAAAAACAUCAUGGAAAAACAUUGAACUCUACUAUCUCUGGGAUAGUGCAAACUAGGCUAGAUGGUUAGUAGUACCAUGUUUAACAGUGGUAGAAUUAUGAUUGUGUGCACUAGAAACCAACCAUGGAAUUCAGUAAGGCCCUUUUUUAACUUAAACUCAACUCCUUAUGUGUUCUUUACUUGACCCCAUGUACUCUACUCCUUACCCAAUAUGACAUCAUUCCCUGUUCAAUAUCAUAAAGAAACAUUAACUUGGCUAAAGUUUUUAUUUUCACAUAUGCAAUCCCAUAAUGAUUCUUCAUGCAGACUAUGCAAAAAUGUGUCUUUUUGGACCUAUGGGGCCUUCCUUCUUUUGAUCUUGUUUUAUAUUUGCAUGUUCAUUGUUAGCUUUAUAUUGACUACUCAAAGCUGUGCUAGCAUUGAAAGAACCACGAGAUGGCCCUUCCUCCCAUCUGGAGGGAAAAAACAUCUUGGGGUCUUUUUCAUUCAUAUUUUGAUAGGCCAAUGUGAUUUAUUUGAACUUUAAAAAUGUUUUUAUUUUUUUAUUUGUGUGGCCUUAUCAGUACCAUGUACCAUCCUCUGCUACUGGAAAGUUGUAGUGGGUGCAUUAUAUUGGGUCAAAGGUGGACUCUAAUUUAAUUUUUAUGUAGUGAGUAUAUUUCUAAUUUAACAUCACAUUUGUAUAUCUUCUAUCUACUUCCUUCCCUUAUUCCUUCCUAGCGGUUUUCCUUAAUCCUUUACACUUCCACUUAAAUGUCAAUAGAACAUAGGGUUGGUAAUUGCCACAACCACUUCAAGAUCAUAUUCCAAUGUACUAACAUGUGACUGAUGUUGAAUAGCAUUUUAGUAAAGCUUAUGGUUUUUGCUUACUCAGUGGGAUGUAUCUUUAUAUUUCAAUAAUAAAUCAUAUCAGCCAUACAUUCUUUAUUAAAAAUGGAAAAAUGUGACAUAAACAAAAACUAACUAGAGGUCAAAGGUAUCUGCAAGGAAGUUGGAGAGAUCUGCAGCUGAGAUUGGGGAAACAAGCCAUGGGACAAUUAUAAUCUGGGCAUUCCCCAAAAGGUAUGUGGGAGACAAUGCAAACAAAAACAUGUGUGGUGCGAAGUCAACAAAACUGUGGUAGUGUGUUUUACUAGCAAGACUGAAAUACUGGUGAGGAUAAAAGGCAAGAUGACUUAGCCUGAAAGACUUCCAGCUAUAACUGCAGCAAAAGAUCGAUCUACCCAGUAUUGACUGGGGGUAGCGAAGUUGAAGGUUUGUAUUUUAUUAAAUAACCACUGUGCUAAUCCAUUCUAAAACUCCAUUCUAAAACUCACAAUAAAAUUCAUUUUAAUUUCAGGUUGUAUCUACACUACAAAAUGUGAAUAUUUCCUAGGGGGUGAAUACUCAUGUAAGUCAGUGUAAAAAUUAUGUUCUGGAGAAUAACCCCAGUUAAGUGGAGCGCUAAAUUAAUUAACGUGCCCUGUUGUGUAUGAAUAAGGGGAAUACAAUCUUGUAUAUGACAUAGAAACCCCCUCCUGCCAGAAAUACAUAUACAAUAGUGAAAUACUAAAAAUAAAAAUAAAUGUGAAUAACAAUAGUAUGUAACCCAAAAAUGGUGAGGUGUUACACUCACAUAUAUGGGAGCAUUAAAGACCAGUCUCUAAACUAUGGGCUUUUGUGCCUUUUGGUAGCACUCCAUUGGUCUCCACAGACCUCACUACAAAUGAUGCUGAAGCAGAAUAAAAAAAAUAUAAUUGAGCCCAUUACAGUUGAAAUGUGUUCUGGAGGAGUUUGAAUUUACUUUUUUUAAAUGUAUUUAUUUUAUUACAGUAAGUGUUUGACAAAUGCUACACAAUUUUCUGCACAUUGCGAGUCCUGAAACUGUGUUUUAUGCACUAAUACAACUUUCUAAUGAGGUGAGUGCCAUCACUAAUUAGGCAAAGUUCUGUUUUAACCAACAGCAGGUUCUAUUAAGGCUCUACAUCAAGUGAGCAGGUGACAACUUUCUGCUGAUAUUCAUUAAAUUCCAGAAAAUACUAAACUAUCAUUCUGCUUCUGCAUCAUUUUCAUAAAGUUCAUAAAGGCUCCCAUAUAUGUGAGUGUAACACCUCACCAUUUUUGUUGUAUACACAAUUAUUCUUUACUUGUUUUAUUUAUAGUAUUGGACUAUUGCAUUUAGUUUUCCUUUUUUCUUUCUACGUUACACAUGAGACUGUAUUUCUCCUGUGCAGACACCUAACUGGUCUGGGGUAAUUCUCCAUAACCUUUUUUUACUGUUUUGAAUUUUGGUGUUGGGUUAGAGAAUAUCUACACACGUUUUGUAGCAGCUAGCUAUUUUUCACUUAUCCAAGUGCCGGUUUCCUCUUUUGGUGUGUAUCAACUUAAGAGUAUUACUCAUGUAAAUCACUCUGUAUAUGCUAUUUUGAAAGCAAACUAAACAAAAAUGUCUCUUCCACACACUUGUAAUCUAAUCAUGGAGGUCAUAUAGGACUUAUUUUUUCUAACAUUUCAUGAUAUUAAGAAUAUUAAUUCUGCAAUAUUUGCUUUUUAUUUUCUCAGCACAAGUGGAAAACCCCAGUGACAUUGAUGCUAUCUCAGAACGUAUACCAAGGCAGGCCUAUAAUGAACAAUUCUCUGUGAAAUGUGGCACCACAAUGGGAACAUUCUUCAAAAAUAAAUGGAAUGGAGGUUAGUAUGGCAUAUGUAUAGAGUCAUUUAUUCCAAAUUUGUUUUACUUUUUUUCCCUUGUGUCCCAAAAUGGCAAUAUGCUUUCUAAAAUAAAAUUUGUAGAUGUUCCCCUGGUAGCCAAUGAGGAACAUGGGAAUGGCUAUUGAGUGCAGUUCCUAGUUAACCCAUAAUUCCUACAGUGAAGAGAUAGAUUAAGCAGAUUAAUCAGUAGUACCUUAAUUCUUUCCAGCAAAGCUUCUUCAAGCUCCUUCAAGAUCAACAGAUGACUAAUCUUCAUACUUCCCCACAAUAGAAUUUCAGAGACAACCAUAAUCAGACAAUUGCACUCUACUAAUACAUUAGAUCUGCUGUCAUUGAGGGGAUAGAGGGGGAGAAUACAAUAUGACAUAUGCUGUCUACCUCCUGACUUUAAAAAAUAAGUGAAUAUGGCCAUACAUAUGACCAUGAUGAUGUUAUGGCUAGUUGUGAUGUUUUACACAGUACAUAUUUAACAAUUGCUUUUUGAAAGGCACUUGGAAGUAAAUAGAAAUCUGAAACGAGUAAGGUUAAAGCAAAGGCAUUCAUUUCACUGUGGAACAGCACAUUGCUACUCCAUUUUCUUUAUUUUGUCAUGGCUGUAACAGAAAAAGUGCAGUAUAUCGUCUAAGUAGAAUUAGGAAAACAUUAGGCAAUAUACUUGGCAAUAGUGGGCAAUAUUAGUCAGUGGCUGCAAGACUCAGUAAGACAUUGAUAUAUAUUGAAAAAAAACUAUGUUGCUUUUUUAAACCAUAACCCUAACUAAUCCUAGAACUAACCCUAAGGUCACUUCCAACUCUACAAUAAGCCUACACCAGCACAAACCCUAACAUCAACCCAACACCCAGCCCAAACUCAAAUCCUACACUAACUCUAACAUAACUCUAACACUGGAUAAAAACAGGGGUAGGUGCAGUGCUUCAGUAAUCAUUAACAAGGUAUAUGUGAAGAAAACCAGAGAAGAAAUAAUAGUGUAGUAUUUAAAACUGUAGUGGUGAUAAGUAAAAUAAAAGAUCUACACUCACACUUUCCUGGAGCUUCAAUACAGCUCCAGUGUAUGCGCCUGGGCGGGAUAAUCCCCGCCUAUGGAUCAAGUGCAGAGGCAAUUCUUUGAGUUAUAGCUGUAGUAAGGGGUAUCCUCAUAAAAAACAAACAAAUAAAAAUCGUAUACGGUAAAGUAUAUAGAGCUAGGAAGCUACGGUAGUUAAUGUACACUCACGUGUAAUGGAGCCGUAAAAUCUGGCUCCUCUGAAGUGGUAUGAUCCCCACUCAAGGAUACAGGUGUAAAUUUAAAUUCUUCCCUCCAUGUAUAUGUGGAAAUAAACAAACAGAACCACAAUAGUGUACACCGUAAAAAAGGAGUGUAAGCAGAAAUAAAUAAUUAAAAUCUACUCACAUGCUAAAGAGCUAGUUCUGGUUUGCUCAUUCCAAAGCGCUUAGGUGGUAUGAUCCCCACAAGGGAUAUAUCUCCAAACAAUCCGACAGCAGCAAAGUUAGAUCCAAUGAAAAAAGUACUUUAAUGUAAAAAAAUAAUAAUAAAAGAAAUACAAUAUAAACUAUAAAAAAGUGAUAAAGUUAUAAACAAUACACUUAACGCGUUUCUCCUUGGAUAGGCUUUAUCAAACACUUUUGAAGCUCCUGGAAAGCUCCAGGCAAGUGUGAGUGCAUAUCUUUUAUUUUACUUAUCACCACUACAGUUUUAAAUACUACACUAUUAAUUCGUCUCUGGUUCUCUUCACAUAUACCUUGUCAAGGAUUACCGAAGCGCUGCUCCUACCCCUCUGUUUUUAUCCAGUUUUCUGAUCGGAAAAGAGAAACUCCAUAUUAUUGAUCAAGCUGCUUUGGGACUAUUAUCACUUUGCUUCCGUGCUGAAUUUAUUUUUGUGUGAUUGUAUAACUCUAACACUACACCAAUACUAAUGCAAACCUUACACCAGCUGUAACCCUACACAAACCCUAAUUCUAACCUUACACUAUGACCCCAACUCUAACACAGAAAUAUUCCCUUGUGAGAUAUCAUUGCUGAUAUCAGCAGAGUGUUUUCCCCUGCUUACACUGCCGAUCACACAAAUUAUUGGAUGGUGGGAAUGCAUUUAGUGAAGAAAUAGUAUCCAAAAUUAAAUUAUAUACUGUAUAUUACAGGAUCAUCAACCGAUGAGUGUAUCGAGUCCAACGGAACAUUUUAUACGCUCAAUGGAUUUCAAUCUCAUGGAGGAAGGGAGUCCUGGAAAUACUGGAAAAGAAGCAUUACAUGCGAAGAUGUUAAACUAGAAGUCUUAGCACAGGUAUGUAAAUAAACAAUAUUUUUAGCAGUUCAAUGAAAAUGUUGUCAACAUUGUAAGAAUAGAUAAAAUAUUUUAGCAAUAAAUCUACAUCGAUCAAGAAUAGUUACAAUACACCAACAAAGCUAGUAAUAGCUUUAUGUACAAUAGUUCACACUAAGAAAUUAUAACAAUAGCUUGUAUAUAAUUUUCUGUAAUAAAUCAUAUUCCUGUUAUAUCAGUAGUCGCCAGCCACAAAUGUGGGCAAAAAAAAUAACAUAUAAAUCAUAAAUUGGUUCUUGGGUCUCAUAGUGUCUAUAAGUCCCUUGGUGUGCCUGUUAUAUAUAUAUAUAUGUUAAUUAUGCUGCCUGUCUUAUGUAUGGUUGCUGCAGCUACUUUGUAGGGUUGUAUUUGUGGUUUUGUCAGCUGUAUUAAAAUGUGUAUGUGAGCGAGCAAUUUGUGGUAGCCUUGCAGCGCACACUGCCAAGGCAAACAGUUAUACAUAUAAACUGCUUAACUCGUAAGGGCAUGUGCUUCUUGGGCUGUUCUCCUCGUGCUUGGUUUAUCAUUCACAAGUGCUUGUAGUGACCUAAGAUGAUGAGUGAAUUGGGGGCUGCCCUUAAAGCGGCACUGUCAUGCCUUAUGGAGGAUUCCUCCACUUGACCAGCUCUGACCAGCGGAGGAGCAAAGUGUGCUUCAUUUCCACUGGUCAGAGCAAUUUUCCCAUGAUCCUUACCUUCCCUCUGUGUUCCCGCGAUGCUUCCUGUCAUUUUACACUAAACUGCCGAAUUGCAUUCUAACUGAAUGAGAACAGUAUGUUCAUUUCUUUUAGAACGCAAUUCGGCACUUUAUUAGGGAUUUAUCUACUAAAAGGCUGAAAGACCUAAAUUGGUCUUUCAGCCACAUUUACUAAUACUAAGUAAGAUUACUUAGUAUUAGUAAAUGAUCUGCCCCUACUCGCUGUACUGCGAGUAGGGUGCAUGUCUGGUAAACAGUGAGCAGCCUGUGGCUGCUCACUGUAAAAAAAAAAAAAGACAGGUGCGGGCCCUAAAGUAAAAUAAGGGGGGAGACCUAAUGUCCUCCCCCCCCUCAAAAUAACUUUCCCACGCUGUGUAAAAUGACACAGAGCACUGUGAUUGGAUAGCUUGAUAUCCAUCCAAUCACAGUGCUCUGUUUCAUUUUACACAACGUGGGAAAGUUCUUUUGAACUUUCCCACGCCAUCAAGCCAUCCAAUCACAGUGCUCUGUGUCAUUUUACACAGCGUGGGAAAAUUUUAUUUUACAGGUUAGUUAUUUUAUCCCCCCCUCACUAUUUUUUAGGGUGAGGGGGGUAGGUACGGACUUUUUAUUUUGGUGGGGGGGUGGGUGACUAGGGGCUUGGGGACCCCUAGUCACCUUGGGGGGGGGGAAAUUGACCUAGGGCCCCCACCCGCCACCCAGGGGUGGGGACCGGGGGGGAAGGACAUUAUCUUUAUGGCCCCCACCCGCCGCCCAGGGGUGGGAGCCGGAAGGGGGUGGACAGUAGGCCCCCCCCCUCAUUAUCAUUUGGCCCCCACCCACCACCCAGGGGUGGGGUCGGGGGGGAGGACAGUAGGUCUCCCCUCAUUAUCAUUAUGGCCCCCACCCGCGGCGCAGGGGUGGGGGCCGGGGGGAGCAAUAGGUCUCCCCCCUUAUUUUACUUUAGGGCCUCCACCCGUCGUUUAGGGGUGGGGGCCAAUAGUUUUUUUUACAGUGAGCAGCCACAGGCUAGUGGACAUGCCAUACUCGCGGUAUAGCGAGUAGGGGCAUUGGGGAGAUUUUAAUCUCCCUUAUGCUAUUAUGGGGGUCAUGCUGACCCCAUAGAGUGAGGGAGGGCCUGCUUCUAUCUUUACAUAUUACAAGGAGAGAGCUGCGUGUCAGUAGCUCCCUCCUUGUAAUAAACUGAACGAACAAACAAACACUGAUACUCAGUGUUUGUUUGUUCGACUGAUAUUUCUAUUCACUCAUUCGUCUUUCUGAUGAAUGAAUGAAUAGAUGAAAUUCCCGUUCGCAUGUCCAGGUGUUUCACUGGGCAUGUGCGGGAAUCUCACAGCGCCAUCUAGUGUGGGCUGAUGACGUGUCCCACAGGGACUUCAUCUACCCACACAAAGAUGGCUGCGCCCUGAAUCAAGAUCGGGGCAGAAAAUAAAGAUUAAAAAAUAGGUAAUGCGGGGGGCUUAGGGGCAUUUGGGGGUGACUAGGGUGUCAGUUAGAGAUAGUGGAGGCCGGAGGGGGGUUAAAAAAAACCCCAGGAUUCGGCAUGACAGUGCCGCUUUAAGUACCCACUGCAGUCAAGCACUAGCAGAUAUCCGAAGAAAUCAUACUGGGAAUUUUGUCAGGCUAGCUCAGGGGAGGAUACUGAGAUCUCCCCAGCUUAUUUGGCUCUGACAGUCUUGCAUAUAACAGAAAGUAACCUCUAAUGCCAUGUAUGUAUAGGUUGUGAAUCUUGUCUGGAUGACUGAGCACUCUCUACAGCAACCAGGGUAGUGCAUACAGUAUCCACUGCAGGAAUUGUACCAUGCAGAACACAGUGUAACUAUUUAAUUGUUUGUCUCUUGUGCAGAAUGGGAUCUUGCAACCAUGUUCCCGUACAAAAAAUAGAAGUAAGUGCGUGUAUAUUUCACAAUGUGAACUGAAGCAUGAUAUUUCAUUUUAAUUGGAAUAUGAAUAGAUCAGCCUCAUUAAAACAACCUGCCUAAUAUUACGUAAGUCCCAUUCAUGCAGAACAGCUCUGAUGCAUCAAGGCAUGGAUUCCACAUGACCUCUGAACAUGUCCUGUGGUAUCUGGCACCAAGACAUUAGCAUCAUAUCUUUUAAGAUCCAGCAUAUCCCACAGAUGCUUAACCCCUUAAGGACAUAUGACAUGUGUGACAUGUCAUGAUUCCCUUUUAUUCCAGAAGUUUGGUCCUUAAGGGGUAAAUUGGAUUGAGUUAUGGGGAAUUUGAAGUCCAUGACAAUGCCUUCAACUCUUUGUCAUGUUCCUCAAGCCAUUCCUAAAUAUUGUUUACAGUGUAGCAGGGUGCAUUACCCUACUGAAAGAAGCCACUGCCAUCAAAAAAUACCAUUGCAAUGAAAGAGUGUACAUGGUUUGCAGCAAUUUCUAGAUAGGUGUUACAUAUCAAAGUAACAUCCACAUGAGUGCCAGGACCCAUGUUUUCCUAGCAGAACAUUGUCCAGAGCAUAAGCCUGCCGCUGCCGGCCUGUCUUCUUCCCAUAGUGCUCCUGCUGCCAUCUCUUCCCCGGUAAAUUAUUGACAUGACCACCCACAUGAUAUAAAAGAAAAAGGGAAUAAUUAGACCAGGCUACCUUCUUCCAUUGCUGAAUUGGUCCAUUGGUCCAGUUCUAACUCUCAUGUCCACAUUGAAGGUGCUUUAUGCGGUGGAUACGGGUCAUCAUGGGCACUCUGACUGGCCUGUGGUUACAGCAAUUUGAGCUACAGUAGCUCUCGGAUCGGAUCACAUGGGCUAGCCUUUGCUCCCCAUGUGCAUCAAUGAGCCUUUGGCACACAUGACCCUAACACUGGUUCGCCUAUUGUCCUUCCUUGCGUUCACUUGCAGCCAAAUAAAUCCCAUCCAUGGACAUUUGCCAUUGUAACUAUAUAAUCGAUGUUAUUCACUACACCUGUCCCUGGUUUAAAUGUUGUGGCUGAUCAGUGUAUAACUUUUACAGAAAACUGCUUGAAAGAUGUAAUAAAUUAGAUAACAUCAGGAAAGCCACAGACCUGUAUUGACCAUUCAUCAAGAAAAUAGUUUAUGAUAGCUUGCAAAUUAGAUUUUUCCUACCAUUUGUUUUCUCAUGGUUUUAAAUGUAUUAAACAGUAUGAUAUAAAUUUGUCCCUAGGUAUCCGUAGCAAUCCCGACAAGAAUGUUGAAGACAUGAAAACUUGUGAAAGGGGGAAAGGGUCUUGCAGUUGAACUAAGUUUUGUGGUGGUAUAUUUUUAAUCAGGUCAAAUCUGUCCAAACUCAGAAUUAGCCCAGAUGGUCCAGAAACUCAUCACCUAUCAAAAUGAAAUGGCAAAGGAACGUAUGGACACAGACCUCCAAUGAGAGAAGACCAUGAAAUAAUAACUGUCCCAUUAAUAGAAAAACUACAGCUUAUAUGUUACCAUUGAGAACAAGACGGGAGACAUGGCAGUUUGACAGACCAGCAUUUUUACUUUUUCUACUUUUUCUACUUUUUACAUUUCCAACAUCUUUCUCCUCGUACACCUAAGCCAAUGUAUUACUUUAUCUAAUGGGUAAUGAGGGGAAACACACAGAGACUCAUUCAAAAGGGGGCACCAUAUUCAUGUUCCCCAGACAUGUGUUAAAAGUUUUGUCCUAAAGAAUGAAAAUCAAGUUGUCAUAGAAAGCAUUGAAAUGGUAUAAUCAAUUCUCAUCUGUCAUGUACAUUAUGAAAUCCUGCUGUUUUGACUAAUCACAGUACAGGUGGAGAAGGAUCCAAGGUCUACAUAACCCCAAAGAUACCAGCACAGAAGUAAAGCUUGCACUGUUCAUGCACCAUACAAGCUUCUACAAGUUACAUGAAUGUUUUGAAAAGGCACUGAUCUACCUUUCAGUUUUAAAUGGUCUAAUACCUUCAGAACCCUCUUAGGGAAGUAGAGCUAGAAACCUGCACUAUUCAGUCCACAAGUAUUUCUCCUUAUCCAUAUUUGUAGGAGGAGUAUUGGGAGGUGUAUUACAGUUCAAAACAUUUUUAGACAAUGUUACAAAUAAUGAAAAUUGGCCAAAGAGUCGAUAUCCUAGACUCUAUAGGAACAGAAUAGGGGGUGACCCUCAGAGAAUAGAGAAUAAAAAAAAAGGGAGAAAAGAGAGUCUGUUCCUACUACCAAUAUCGGGUACACACAAAAAGUAAAAAAUCUAGAAGAUACUUUAUUAAUAUAUAAGAGACAUCAAUCUGAGAAAAACCCCAACAAUGGCUGCCUAACUGAAUGAAAAUCGAUCAUGGCAGUCAAGGCAAAGAGCACAAAAAGGAAUAAAGGAUGGGAGAAGGAAAUAAAGGUAAAUGUAUGAAAUAAAACAAAACAAUAGAUAGAUUUUAUAAACGUCGCAUACAGCGAUAUAAAUAGAUGGAUAAUUGUAUCUAUGAGUCAAAGAUAAGAUACAAUACAGAGGAUCCCACUAAGUGAAACUGACAGUAUCGUCAAUCUAUUAUAUUGAUAUCUACGUGUCAAAAAUAAGAUACAAUACACGGUAUCAAUACAGUUCAGCUACAGGAAUUCUUCUACAAUCAGGAUAAAAUUAGUCUAGAUAUAAUUGUAUCUAUAUAUCAGAGAUAAGAUACAAUACAGAGGGUCCCACUAAGUAGAGCUGCAUGCUAACGUUCAAUAUAAUUGUAUCUAUGUGUUCAGACAAAAGAUACAAUACAAAAUGUCAGUGCAGUUCAGCUACAGGGGAUUCUUCUGCAAUCAAAUAUAAACUCAAUCUGUAGUUGAAAUAGUAAAUGCACUUGUUCAGUUGCAAUAUCUUAAUAGUUCUUGUGUAAAAAAGUGGACAGAUAUUGCUAAAUGAAAGCCAUAUCAGCACACUGAAUUCGUAUUCAAACGAUCAUAGGUAAAUCUGCUUGCUCGUAAAGAUUAAAAUACAACGUUAUCUAGUACAUACCUAAUAGUCUAAAUCAAAGAUCUAAAUGCUGGUAAUCAGGUAUACACAAAAUAAAAAUAAGUCAGAAUAGUGCCUUCAAGGGCACCAGGUAUAGGAUUGAUAAUGAAGAGACAUAGAGUACUGACACUGAUAAAUCACAAACUAAAGCUGUGAUAGAUGGAGAGUAACUGCAAGUUCAAACACUAAUUGCUACUCAUGCCCUGGUCAAUAGGUGAGUCUAUAGUGUCCCAAGCGUUGAUUUGCCCUCUAAGUCCCAAAUUAAUAAUUAUUCUAGUCCGAAAUACAUGGCUGCUCUAAGGUGGAAGAGAAAAGAGGGUCCCAAGGGACCCAAGAGACAAAGCUUGAUGAUAGUAAUAAUGUCAGAUUGUCGCGCCCCGACGCGCGUUUCGCCUAACUUCAAGGCUCAUCAGGGGGAACUGAUUUCCCGGUAUGCAGGCAUUUAAAAAGGCCACCCUUGAGUCUGAUUGGUCACAUUUCAGCUCAAGGGUUAAGGGCAAGUACGGUGGCCGAAAUGGUUCAAACGAGUGAUGAUGGAGAAGUCCAUAAGUUUAAUGUGUGAUUACCGGAAAUUCAAUACCUAUAGAUAUAAAGAGGUGCACAUAUGGAAAUCAAAUAAGAUUUUUAUAUAAUAAUAUAAUGCAAAAGAGAGGAGAAAUAAAAAAGUGAGAGAAAAAAAGUGAAAAUUUCCCGUCAUUCUCUAUAAAUCCAAGUAACUACAUUAGCAAUAUAAUCCCAAUAACCACAUUAGCAAUAUAAUCCAAGUUAACCCUUAAAAGGAUGGGCUAAAAAAAAAAUGUCUGUAGACCAAGAAGUUAAAAGUAUUCCUAUGGAAUAAAGUCUGUAGUUUAACAGUAAUAUACUAUAAUAUCAUAAUUACUGUCAUGUCAAAUCUGACAGGACAGUAUAAGCUUGUAAGAGAAAAAAUAUUCAAAUGUAAUAUUGUUUGUCUUGCAAUCGUGCCAAUAUAAGAAGUAGUUAGAUUAUAAUAAAACUGAUACCAGAAGUCUGUAAUGAUCAGAUCCUAAUAAAGUUGUAAAAAAAUCCAUUGAAUGAUGAUUCUAUAGAAGUAUCAGAUUACUUGUGUAUAAAUGGUGUAUAGUUGAAUUCCUCAUUAAGACCUAAGGGAGCUAAGGUCUUAAACGAGAAAAUCCACUGUGAUUCUUUUCUGAGCAAGCUUUUAUUAAAGUUACCUUUCCUCGGGUUUGGUAGCAGUUUCUCAAUUACCUGGAACCUCAGAUUGACAGGAUUCCCAUCAUGGAAAUUGAGAAUAUAUCUUGCAACCGGAGUAGGAGUGACAGAAUUAUUGACAGAUGUUACGUGUUGCAAAAUCCUGCUUCUGAACUGCUGAAAGGUUUUGGCAAUAUACUGAGUUCCACAACUACAGGUGAUCAGAUAAAUCACUCGUGUAGAGCUACAGACAAUGUUACAACACAAAACAAUAGUGUACUUUGCAUAAACCAAAAUUACCUUUUCAUAUUUUCAUCGUUAAAAUAACUCAGAUUAACUCAUAUAUACAUAUAACUUGUAAAAUCAAUCACUUGUGCAUCAGUUUUGACAUUUUGUGUUACACAAUAUUUGUGAAAUACAAUAUUUAUAGUAG